CGUCGAGCAACGCACACGCGUAGCGUAGCGUGCUUAUCGGUGUGUUCGAUACAAUUUUUCCGUCGUGAUAUUAAAAGUAUUAUAUCAGAUAUUAAAUGUUUCGUGAAUCUUGAAGAUAUUCAAUCGCGUGCUCUCGCCGUCGUGAAUUUACACUUGUUGCCUCGAUCGAAUAGUAGUGUCUACGUGAGUGUCAGUGACACGAUGGAGCAGUCAGGAGCCGGUAUGACAGGAAGUCAGGAUGAAAGACGCAGGAUAUCGGCACGUGGAUAGCGAUGUUUCAUCAAUUCAAGAAUACAUAUUUCCAACAAAGAUGAAACAUCUUUGGCCGUUGCUGGCGUGGAUACUUCUAUCUUCGUAUCCGGCCGAAUCUCGCAACGGACUCGGCCAUGGAUUGAAGCGAGAAGUAUUCUUCUUGAACCUCGAGGACGGCUACUUUGGCUGCCAAGUGAACGAGUCGACGGACGUUCUGCAGCUGCUGGAGCUCUCGAAGCUCUGUGAUCAGCGCGUCGACUGCUAUCAGGGCGCGGACGAGCAGCGCGGCAAGUUGAAGUGCACAGACGAUUGUACAAAAGAAGACGGCACCAAAUGUCAAAACGGUGUCUGUCUGGAUUCAGUCUGUCACUGUAACGAUGGCUUUGGAGGAUGUAACUGUCAAGUUCCAGACGAGAACGAGUGUAAAUAUCGGCCCUGUGAUAUAUUUGCCCACUGUACAAAUACUCUUGGCAGCUUUCAAUGUUCCUGUUUUCCUGGAUAUCGAGGCGAUGGUUUCCAUUGCGAAGAUAUCAACGAAUGCGACGACCCAGCGCUCGCCGGGCGUUGCGUCGAAAACGCCGAGUGUUGCAAUCUCCCGUCGAACUUCUUGUGCAAAUGCAAAUCCGGCUACAUCGGCGACGGUGAGGUGCACUGCGAAGAUGUGGACGAGUGUACGAUACCAGAUGCAUGCGGCGACAAUACCGUGUGUCACAACAUACCUGGCAAUUACACCUGUACGUGUCAAAACGGAUUUACGGGAGACCCGUACAACAGUUGCAUCGACAUCAACGAGUGCGAAUACGAGGGUGCUUGCGGCAGGGAUGCGCUGUGCGUGAACUUACCAGGCGCUCAUAAGUGCGAGUGUCCUGUGGGAUACGACGGCAGCCCCGAGGAGGAGUGCAGGGACGUAAACGAGUGCCUGAGAAGCCCUUGCGGACGUUCCGCUCUCUGCACGAACGUACAUGGUAGUUUCCGGUGCUCUUGUCCCGACGGGAUGGACGGUGAUCCGUGGACAGGUUGUCAUGAUAUAAACGAGUGCGAGGAGGGUUCACCGUGCGGCGCGAACUCGGAAUGCGUGAACGGCGAGGGUAGCUUCGAGUGUAAAUGCCACGCCGGUUAUCAAAUGGACCCCACGUACGGCUGCAUUGAUGUGAACGAAUGCAGCAGCGCGGACGCAUGUGCGGCCAAUGCGAGGUGCAUCAACGUCCCGGGCUCGUACAAGUGCAUUUGCCCGCCGGGUUUCGUCGGCCAAGGACUAACUCUCUGCGAAAACGUGAACGAAUGCAAGCGAAAUCCCUGCGGCGAGAACGCCGAGUGCACCGACACGAUCGGCAGCUUCGUCUGCAGCUGCAAGGCAGAUUACACCGGCGACCCUUUCAAGGAGUGCAGCGACAUUGACGAGUGUACAGCUCUGGAGAAUCCUUGCGGCAGGAACGCGAUUUGCAAGAACGCGGACCCCGGCUACAAUUGCGUCUGUCCACCGGGCUAUAGUGCCAGCCCCAAUCCGACUGUCGCUUGCGAUCAGACCGACGUUACAACGCUCUGCAAGUCGAAUUUUGAUUGCGUCAAUAAUGCCGAGUGCAUCGAGGGGCAGUGCUUCUGCAAGGAUGGCUUCAAAGCCGUCAGUGCCGAGUGUGUGGAUCUGGACGAGUGCCUUACUAAUCCCUGCGGGCCUGCGUCGAUCUGCACGAAUUCCAGAGGAAGCUACCAUUGCGAAUGCGAGUCCGGAUUCGUCGGUACUCCACCUCACAUACAGUGCAAAGCACCAUGCGACGAGGUAACUUGUGGCGAUCAUGCCUUUUGCAAAGCCGACGGUCACGAGGCUUAUUGCAUAUGCGAAGACGGUUGGACCUUCAAUCCGAACGAUAUAGCGGCUGGAUGUGUCGAUAUAAACGAAUGCGACGCGAUAAAUGGGCCAUCUGGAAGAUGCGGCAGAAAUGCUGUCUGUACGAAUACGCCUGGUGGUUUCACUUGCCAGUGUAAACCUGGAUUUUCAGGAAAUGCCUUCAAGCAAUGUAUCGAUGUUGACGAGUGUGCGAGGCACGACGUUUGUGGUCAUGGAGCGUCGUGCAUCAACACUGAAGGUUCUUACACUUGCUCUUGUCCGGAAGAAACCAUUCCGGCUCCUGAUCCCUACAUCAAGUGUGUUGCAAUAGUUAGAUGCGAGAUUGACGACGACUGUCCAGGAAAUGCUAUUUGCGAUCUACAAAAGAGAUGCUUGUGUCCCGAGCCCAACGUCGGUAAUGAUUGCAGACAUCCAUGCGAAGAUCUAUCUUGUGGACCCAACGGUCAUUGCAUGCUACUGAACGACGUAGCGACGUGCCUCUGCAGCAACGGUUACACCGGAAAACCAGGCGUGAAGGACGGUUGUCGAGACAUCGACGAGUGCGCGAUUAAUCCGUGUCCUCCGGGUGCAAUUUGCAACAACGAGCCAGGCUCUUUUUCGUGUCAGUGUCCCAGCGGCAUGACGGGCGAUCCUUACAGCGGCGGUUGCCAAGAGUCCAAGGCACCUCAUGUGUGUGGCCCCAGCGCACCUUGUCCAGCUGGAGAACAGUGCAUCAAGGACGAAUUCGUGGGUAGCAGUGUGUGCAUCUGUCAGCGCGGUUACACUCGCGACCAUGAGACUGGCAAGUGCAGAGACAUCAACGAGUGUAUGGAGCUCAGAGAAAAGCCCGCGUGCGGCGUCAACGCUAUUUGCAAAAAUCUCCCCGGCAGCUACGAGUGCCAGUGUCCACCUGGUUUCAACGGGAACCCCUUCUCACUUUGCGAAGAAUGCAACAGCAUCGAGUGCCAAUGUCAGCCGCCAUAUAAGAUCGUCAAUGGCAAAUGCAUGUUGGCUGGCUGCUCGAAGGGCGAGAAGUGUCCAAGUGGUGCUGAGUGUAUAACGAUUGCGGGUGGUGUCAGCUAUUGCGCCUGUCCCAAGGGUUACACGACCAAGUCCGACGGCUCCUGCGAAGAUAUAAACGAGUGCACCGUGGGACACCAAGUCUGCGGUUACGGCGCCGAGUGCAUCAAUUUACCAGGUGCGCAUCAAUGCGUAUGCCCGCACGGAUACGGCGGCGACCCGUACAACGGGCUUUGUUCGCCCGCGCAGAAGAGAUGCACCAACGACAACGAGUGCAAGGCUAACGAGAAGUGUGUGCAACCCGGCGAGUGCGUAUGCCCACCACCGUUCUAUACGGAUCCCUUGGAGGGAAAUCUCUGCAAGAACCCCUGUGACCGUUUCCCAUGCGGCAUAAACGCGAGGUGCACGCCGAGCGAUCCACCGCGAUGCAUGUGCGAGGCUGGCUUCGAGGGCGACCCGCAGCACGGUUGCAUCGACGUGAACGAAUGUGCGAACAAUCCUUGCGGUCACGGUGCAUACUGCAUUAACACGAAAGGAGAUCAUGUAUGCGAAUGUCCAAAAGGCAUGAUUGGCGAUCCUUACGGUGCUGGUUGCACAGGUGUCGCAACCGGCAAAAGCGAGUGCUCGUCGAACGACCAUUGCGAGAACUAUCUGACGUGCGUUCACGGAAGUUGCGUCAAUCCUUGCGAUAACAUACCCUGUGGUCCAAACGCGUACUGCGAGCCUGAUAAGCAUGCUGCUUGGUGCAGGUGUGUGAUAGGGUUCACGGAGGGCAAGAACAACGAGUGCGUCUCACAGUGUGACGGCUUCGUUUGCGGCACCGGGGCUCAAUGUAUCGUAAGUUACGAUGGACCGACUUGUAAGUGCAUCGAGGGUUUCAUGGGCAAUCCUUUCCCCGGUGGGCAAUGUGUUCCGGAUGUUUGCUCGCCCGAAAUUCCAUGUGCGGAGCCAAGCGUGUGCAUCAGCGGACGUUGCAAACGGCGCUGCGAAGGGGUUGUUUGCGGCAUCGGGGCCAUGUGCGAUCCUUUAACGAACAAAUGCGUGUGCAAUCCAUAUUUCGUCGGCAACCCAGAUCUACUUUGUAUGCCACCCAUUCAACCACCUCGCUGCGAUCCGACUUGCGGAAAGAACGCGCACUGCGAAUACGGUCUUCUGGAAUCGAAAUGUGUCUGUAAUCCGGGCACCAGUGGAAAUCCUUAUCAUGGCUGCGGUAUCCAACAGAAAUCUGAUUGCUCUAAAGGAUUGUGCGGAAAAGACGCGCACUGCAACGCAGGUCCUAAUGCUGUCGAGUGUCUUUGUCCACCCGGCUUCGCUGGCAAUCCGUAUAUUCAAUGUUUCGACGUCAACGAGUGUAAUGGAAACGCGUGCGGCAGCAACGCAGUGUGUAUCAACACCAUCGGAAGUUACGACUGCCUCUGCAAAGACAGCUUCUUCGGCAACCCCUUCGUGGGCUGUCAGCAAGUGCAGGUGGAACCGUGCGCUGAUCCUUUGACUUGCGUCUGCAACGAGGCUGUACCCUGCCCGUUCGAUUACACCUGCGUGCAUCAUAAAUGCGUGAACCAGUGCAGCAACAUAAAGUGCGGUCCAAGAUCCGUCUGUCAAGACGGAGCGUGCGUAUGUCCGCCGGGUUACAGCGGCAAUCCUAAUGAUCUGCACAAAGGCUGCCACUUGUAUGGCCGUUGCUCCAACGAUCUCGAGUGCGAGCCACAGGAAAUCUGCUUCCAAGUCGGCAAGGGUGUUCGCAAGUGCGUGGACGCCUGCAGCAAAUUACAGUGCGGACCUAACGCACUGUGCAUCACACAGAACCACGUGUCCUCUUGCCUGUGUAUCGACGGCUACCAGGGCAAUCCGAGCAACCUGGUGGAGGGUUGUCAACCGUCCAAGACCGUGAUCCCCGGCUGCGCCCACGAUUCAGAUUGUCAGCCCGGUUUCUUCUGCAUCACGUCGGACGGCGAUGUGCGCAGCUGUGUGGACCCUUGCAGCAAAGUAAUAUGUGGGUCUUAUCAGAAGUGCGAGCCUGAUGUCAUACCUGGCCGUGCAACUUGCAAAUGCCAAGACGGCUACGAAUGGAACCCGGUGCAAUCGUCUUGCGAGAAACCGUCCGUACCCGACUGUAUCAGCGACGAUGAGUGCCACUCCAGCGAAGGUUGCAGGCCGGACGCUCUCGGUGUGCUCAAGUGUCUACCGCUCUGCAGCGGUUUCACUUGCACUGCGAACUCGCGCUGCAUAACAGAGAACCACCGUGGCCGCUGCGAGUGCUUGCCAGGUUACAUUGGCAAUCCGGAUGACCGUCGAGGCUGUCACAGUCCGCGUGAGAACCGUUGCUCCACGGACAGCGAGUGUCCAGAGGACCAGACGUGUCGAGGCACCUUAGAGGGCCCGCUCGCCUGCCAACCGGUCUGCGACUUCGUCUCCUGCGGCCCUAACGCUCUCUGCGUAGUCAACAACCACGUGGCGAACUGUGAGUGUCCGCCCGGGCUCUACGCCGGCGACCCGAACGACGUGGCGUCCGGAUGCCGCGCGGUACCUUGCGUCUACAACAUUGACUGCCCGCCGACGCAGCUCUGCAACCGCUUAACGCACACCUGCUACGACGCCUGUGACGAGAACGCGUGCGGCGUGAACGCGGUGUGCAUCGCCGACGAUCACAGAGCGAUCUGCCAAUGCCCGCCAGGGCUGCGACCGAAUCCGGUGCCCGACGUGGAGUGUGUCGCCGUGGAAGCCUGCCGCCCGGAUUCUUGUCACCCGACCGCGCUCUGCGUCGCUGGUCCGACCAAUAACCCCGUGUGCAAGUGUCCGCCGAAUCAUGUGGGCGAUCCUUACGUGAACGGCUGUCAACCAGAAGGCUACUGCUCUGGGCCCAAGGAUUGUCCGGUGCACUCCAUCUGCCAUGAACAUCGUUGUGUGAAUCCUUGCGAGAAUGCUUGUGGAUCCAACGCGCUCUGCGAGAUCGUGAACGGUCAGCCGAGUUGUAGGUGUAUACACAAAUUUGUGCCGUCAUCGAAGGGUGCGGAGUAUGGAUGUGUGAGAGCUUCGAAUUAUUGCGCGGUGGAUUCCGAGUGCGAGGACAGCGUGUGUCUCGAUGGACAAUGUAGAGCUGUGUGCCGGUCAGUCGCCGAUUGCUCGGACGGAGAGAAGUGUGUUAACAGCAAGUGCAUGGUAUCCUGCAUCACGCAUUCCCAGUGUCAAUUCGAUCAGGCGUGUGUAAGCGGGGGAUGUAUCCUCGGUUGCCGCAGCAACAAAAAUUGCCCAACCACCGAAUCGUGUAUUAACAGCAAAUGUCAAGAUCCUUGCGGUAGAAAAGACGCGUGUGGACCAAACGCAAUCUGCAGUUGUGCGAAUCAUGCGAUCACUUGCACCUGUCCUCUUGGCUUCCACGGUAAUCCUACUCCGGAGCAAGGUUGCGUACGGAUACCGAGCGCAUGCGAAGCUCCGCAAGACUGUCCCAGCCAGCAUCUAUGCGUUGCCGGAUUAUGCCAGUGCCAAUGCUCGGAACAGAAUAACUGCGCACAAGGCGAACGUUGCAAGAAUGGUAUUUGCGUAAAAAUAUGCUACAGCGACAGCAAUUGCCUGCCUGGCGAGUUGUGCAUCGAUGGAACAUGCGAAUCGGGUUGUACCUCUGACGUUGGCUGCAAACGCGACGAAGUCUGCAUUAAUAAUAAGUGCAGAUGCAGCCACGGAUUUAUCGCUGGUCCUGAACAUUGUCUGGAUAUCAACGAGUGUGAAGAUUUACCCUGUCACCCGAGUGCGGAAUGUAUCAAUCUUCAUGGAUCUUAUCGAUGCAUAUGUCCUCUGGGCACUGCUGGCGAUCCUGUAGGAACGGGUUGUGUGCUCCCACAUCAAUGCACCGCACACACAGACUGUCCGGAUACGCAGGCCUGCAUUUACCACAACUGUUCGGAUCCAUGCUCCUCCGUUGAUUGCGGAUUGAACACGAUUUGUUCAGUCUUGGAUCAUGUAGCCGGUUGCCAAUGUCAACCUGGUUAUAUCGGUGACGCUUCAGGUUGCUUCAAAGUGGAGUGUCUUUCCAAUAGCGACUGUCCGACGGAUAAAUACUGUAAUCAGGAAACCAAUAAGUGCAGCAGUCCUUGCAAUCAAGUAAACUGCGGAUAUGGUAACUGCGUGGCUAUUAAUCAUAUCAGCGUGUGCAAAUGCUAUCCUGGUUUUAUCUUGGCCGGUGACGUCUGUGUUGAUGUUAAUGAAUGCUUGCAGGAACCUUGCCAUUCUUCAGCUAUAUGCCAUAAUACGGAGGGAUCGUUCGCCUGUGCUUGCCCGCAUGGUCUAGUGGGAGACCCGUUCAAGACUGGCUGCAAACAGCCCGGCGAUUGCUUCACGGAUUCAGACUGCCCGAAUUCGGCUACCUGCAUCGACAACAGAUGUACCAAUCCAUGCGAUACACCGGGUAUUUGCGGUAGAAACGCGGAGUGUCUUGCUCGUGAUCACAUACCGAUCUGUAGAUGUCCCGGACAGACCACGGGAAAUCCGGCAACGGAAUGUAUCCAUUUGGAAUGCAACUAUCAUAGCGACUGCAGUCAAUCGGACGCAUGCUUCGAUCAUAAAUGCGUCGACCCUUGCUCGCUUUCGAAUGUUUGCGGACACGGAGCCGAUUGUUCCUCGCUCAAUCAUAGCGCGGUGUGCACCUGUCAGCCCGGCGGUACAGGCGACCCGAAUCUCGGAUGUACUCCUGUUCAAUAUUGCAAGAGUGACUCGCAGUGUGCGACCGGGUCAGCUUGCAAUGGAGGUAUAUGCACAGCGCUCUGUGGAAGCACGAGAGACUGCAUCGGUGAUCAACUCUGUAUCAAUGGUCUCUGUCAGCCUACCUGUCGAAGUAACUCAAGCUGCCCAGAAUAUCAGUACUGCCAUAAUAACAUAUGUGUUCAAGAAUUACGUUGUAUAUCAGACAACGAUUGCUCAUACGAUGAAAAAUGCAUUAAGAAUAAUAUCGGACAGGCGGAGUGCCACAAAGCAUGCGACCUAAUACUUUGUGGCCGUAACGCCGAGUGCAAGGCUGACAAUCACGCCGCCACGUGUUCCUGCAAAUCCGGCUUUUUCGGAAAUGCCAAAGACGACAAGAUCGGCUGCCAACCGAUCGAAUGUGAGGCGAACAACGACUGUACUCAGGAGAAGAUUUGCGAUCUGCAUAGAUGUAGAAUUGCUUGUCUGGCGCACAAUCCAUGCGGCACGAACGCUAUUUGCACCACGGAGAAACACGUCCAGAUUUGCACGUGCCAACCUGGCUACACGGGAGAACCGACGCGUGCCUGUGAACUGAUCGAUUAUUGUGCGAAUACGCCUUGCGCGCCCGGCGCGUUGUGCGAAAAUUCACGCGGAUACUUUAGAUGUCAUUGUCAACCCGGCACGGUCGGAGAUGCUUAUAAUAGCGGCUGUCAACCGCCGGUGGAGUGUCUUCAGGAUUCUGACUGCCCCUUGACUGCCAAGUGUGUCAACGUUAACAAUGUACCGAAAUGUUUUGAUACUUGUGCACGCAUCAAAUGCGGUCCUAACGCAGACUGCAUUGCGAAAAAUCACGCCGCAAGCUGUCAAUGUCGUGCCGAUUACGAGGGUGAUCCUAACAAUUUGAGCAUAGGAUGUCGUCCGAAACCAGUGGUCUGCUCGUCACACAUCGACUGCUCGGUCAAUACUUACUGCUACGAAGGCAUUUGUCGACCAUCCUGCCAAUCGGACGAGGAGUGCAACUUGUCCGACGUUUGUUUGAACGGACAAUGCUUAGAUCCAUGCGAUGUGCGGGCGGCCUGUGGCAUAAAUGCUGAGUGUAAAGUGCGAAGUCACAUCAAACAAUGCAGCUGCCCAUCGGGUUUCACCGGUAACUCCGAAGUGGAGUGCGUAAGACUACCAGUGUCCUGCCUGGGCAGCAAAGACUGUAGCGAAGGCAACACUUGCCGCGAGAACGUUUGCCUGCCGAGUUGCAUCGUCGACAACGAGUGCGCGUUGAACGAGAAAUGCAUCGACGGCAAUUGCUUGCUGACCUGCCGCUUGGACAACGAUUGUUUCUUGGGUCACAUCUGCCUGCACAACAUGUGCUCGUUCGGCUGUCGCGCCGAUGAGGACUGUAACGCGAACGAGGCGUGUCUGGGGAACAAAUGUGUCAACCCGUGCGAGGCCACACCGUGCGGACCAAACGCCAAGUGCACUGUUUUCAAUCAACGAGCCACGUGUUCUUGUCCUGUCGGCUUCAUUCCGAACCCCACGGCCAAGGUCGCGUGCCUCAGGUCGCCUGGUCCGAUCUGCCAGGCUAAUCGGGACUGUGCCAUAGGAACGGCCUGCAUCGCUGGUGUUUGCACGGCUGUCUGCUCAACGAACGCGAACUGCUUGAGCAACGAGAGAUGCGACAGCACCGGCAUUUGCAAGUCACUCUGCAGACGGGACGAGGAUUGCAGAAGCGGUGAGAUCUGCGAGGGUCUGGUGUGCGUCGCUGGUUGCCGCGCGGACAUCGAGUGUCAGGAUAAUUACGCGUGUAUCAACAAUCAGUGUACAGAUCCGUGCAUACUGCCUGCAGCUUGUGGCGUAAACGCCAAGUGCGCAACCUUCAAUCACCAAAAGAUAUGCACGUGUCAGCCGCCCCUGAUCGGAGAUUCUCGCAUUGGGUGCAAGCAGGCGUUCCUUUCUUGCUCAUCGGACCUGGAAUGUUCACCUGGACAGAUCUGUUACGGUAGAUCGUGUUAUUCCACAUGCAGAAGCGACGCAAAUUGUUUGAGCGACGAACGGUGCGACGGUGGCAUUUGUAAGGCGAUAUGCAACAGCGACGACCACUGUGUUGCAAACCAGAUAUGUCACAAUCGCAUGUGCGACAUUGGAUGUCGUAGUGAUAACACAUGCCCGAGUGACGAGUCCUGCAUCAAUAAUCAAUGCAGAAGUCCGUGCGAAGGCGGUAAAGCGUGCGGAGAGUGCGCCGGCUGUCGGGUGGUCAAUCACGUAGCUCAAUGCAACUGUCCAGCUAAUUAUUACGGCAAUGCGUUGAUUAAUUGCGCGAAGACUAUGAUUCCUUGCGACGGCUCGUGCGAGUGUGACGAAAUCGGUUUCUGUACCACCAGCUGCCACCAUCAGGAUCACUGCUCUUGCGGAGAGAUCUGUCAUAAUGGAAAGUGCCGCAUCAAGUGUGACAUUAACAACGCGUGCCCGAAGGGCUACGUAUGCGAUGGAGGCUUAUGUCUGAUCGGCUGUCGCACUCAUUCCGACUGUCCAGCAUCGUUGUCAUGCACGAACGGUCAAUGUGAGGAUCCAUGUUCCGCUCAUGGAUCACCCUGCGGAAUAAACGCCCUUUGUCGUGUCUCCAAUCAUCGUGCGGUGUGCUUAUGUCCGGAAGGCUACCAGGGCGAGCCGAGCCAAGAAUGCUACCAGCUGGAAUGUCACUACGACGACGAUUGCGAGCCGAACAAACGUUGCAGCGAAUACGGAGUUUGCACGAAUCCGUGCUUGCAGCACAGCGUCUGCGGAUUCAAUGCGCAAUGUCGGGUGAUUAAUAGGAAGGCGCAGUGCUCUUGCCCACCGGGACACGUUGGCAACCCAAAGAUCAACUGCAAAAAAGGUGGAGACGAAUGUCUACGAAGACCUUGUGGUAUCAACGCUAAAUGUCGAGAAACUGUGAGCGGUUUCGAAUGCACCUGUGACCCGGGAUGCCACGGCGAUCCGCAUCAGGCGUGCCUCUGCGACGGCGAUCUCUGCAAGGACACUCGUUGCGGUAUCAACGCAGCCUGUCGUAUUUACAAGAAUCAACCGCAGUGUUAUUGCCCGCCGAAUAAUCCAUCAGGCGAUCCAAUGCACGCAUGUAGUUCAGAUAGAGAUUUUGGUGACUGUCGAAUAAACGGUUGCGGACAAAAUGCCGAGUGUAUUAGGGACGGGGCUAUAUUUGUCUGCCGAUGUCCACCAGGUACCAGCGGCUCGCCGGAUAUCGAGUGUACGACAGAGCGCGAAUGCACCAGCGACUUAGAGUGCCCCAAUGAAAAAGCCUGCAUAAAUCUACAAUGUCUGGAUCCGUGCGCGCUACGCGGUGCCUGUGGGAUCAAUGCUCUGUGCCGAGUGGUUCUGCACAAGCCGCGUUGCUCAUGCUCGCAGUGUUAUAUCGGUAUGCCCCAUACGGCCUGCCAUCCAGAUUCCAAAUGCGACACGAAUUCCCAACCUACGCCAAGCAUCGGUUGUUCCUCCGACCACGACUGUCCGGAGAGUCUCUCCUGCCACUCUCAGACAGGCGAGUGCCGCGACCCGUGUUUGAGUUCUCGGUAUAACUGCGAGGUCAACAAGAGGUGUCAGGUGCGAAAUCACAAGCCUAUGUGCGUUUGCAAAUACGGCUUCGUAGUCAACGAGGUCGGGGAGUUGACCUGCGCUCCUGACACGCUCACCUGCUCGAGGGACUUCGAUUGCCCCUCGAACGCAGCGUGCGUCAACGGCAAAUGUCAAAAUCCCUGUAACGUACGAAACAAAAAACCGUGUCCGGCCGAUAAAACCUGCGAUGUCCUGGACCACCGUCCCGUGUGCAUUUGCACCAAAAACUGCAAUCCUUCCCUCUCCAUUUGCCUGCGAGACAGUGGCUGCUCUCCAGACUUGGCGUGCCGCAACUAUCGCUGCGUGGACCCAUGCAGAAACUCUACCUGUCCGGCUGAUGCCCCCUGUUACGUGGAGGAGCACAAGCCUAUCUGCAAGUUCUGUCCCCCCGGCUUUGUGCCAGAUACUAAAUACGGAUGCAUGAAAGCAGUUCUUCACCCCAUGCCCAAGCCGGCUUGCGAGUCCGAUGAUGACUGCAGCGACGCAGAAGCCUGUGUCGAUAGCUCCUGCGUUGAUCCUUGUAUCAACGGGUGUCAACUGACAGUUCAAUGUCGAGUCAAAGCGCACAGGCCUAUUUGCGGUUGCGAUCCUAAUGACGAAACUUGCUUAACUAACGGCACGACGACGUUGCGUCCUACAGAUUCAGACCACACUUUCGAGACUAUCGAUACCACCACGUUACAGACCACAGCAACUGUCAGUACUUUGUCGCCAAUGUCGACUAUUCUCACUACGGAGAUGUCAACAGUUGCGUACACAGAGGAAAGUACAGUUCCCCCAACUGAAAUCACUCAAACUUUAUUGGACAAUGUUACUGUCGAAACAACACGCGAAUCGGACAUAACUACCGUAUCGACAGAGACCACUACCGAAUCUCCGGGUACUACAACGACUGUAUUUUCGAUAUCGAGUACAACUGAGCUCAAUAUUUCAAGUGGUACGACAAAUAUUGAUUUUGAGAACGUUACAUCCAGUACAUUUGGAAGUACUGAUUUCGUCGAGACUACCUCGACGGAAUAUACGACUCGUAUGAUCACGUCCGGAACUGAAUUUACAACUGCCUCUGUUACUCCAACUAUGUAUAGUACGGAAGAAAUUAUUACGGAAAAUGUACCUUCCUCUACUGCAACUGCGACAACGGAGAAGGAAUUAGAAUUUGAGCAUAGAGAAAACGCCACGACAACCGAAAUACCCGAGACAACUACUGUUUUGGUUAAUGUCACCGUCACUUCCCCAAUUACAUCCAUGUCUACUGAGAUUACUACUGAAAACAUCAUUGACACCACCGUUCCACGCAAAGAUCUUGAAACAACGACAGUUUCUCUAGGUGUAAGUGAAAUUACGGAAGUUCCUGAGAACGUAAUUACAGUUCCUACUACAGAAGUUCCUGCUGUAAAUGUUGAAGAGAUUACAACGGUAGCGACGACUACACAACAGUAUUUUACUACUACGGAGUCUAGAGAAUUAACGGUAAAGCCUUUAGAAGAGAUCACUGAACCGCAUAUGGAGAGCACCACAACACUCCUCACUCAGGAGAGUCAUACGGUGUCAUCUCCGAGCACCUUAGAACACACUGAAACUUCCACGAUAUAUAUCGAACACGAUACUGCCAAAGAGACUACUCAAGAGUCGAGCACUGCCGAAACUGCUCUGCCACGUACGACUGAGCCGUACAUAAAAGACACUACUCCAUUGUCUCUGAUCACCUCCGAAUCUCCUACACUUACGACAAAUGUAUCGGUUACCGAUAACAUCAGUACUUCUCACGAAAGCACUGAUAUCUUCACCACGCAGGAAUCCUCUACUACCGAACAAUACACUACACUUCACCGUUCGACAGAAGAAUACUCUACAGAACAGAUCGGUACGUCGGAACAACCUACAGAACGAUACACCACCACGAGCCAGUACACUACGUCCGAGCAAUCUACAGGCAAAAUCUCUACUACGGAACUUUACAGUACAUCUGGAUAUUUUACAGAAGGUUAUUCUACUACAGAACAGGGUUUUACGUCAGAAUCACAUACUGUAGCUGAGCAAUCUACAGACCGAUACAGUACUCCCGAAUAUUCCACAGAAGAAUAUUUUACCACACAACAGCCUACAGAACAGUAUACUACUUCGAAACAGUACACUACGACUGAACAGUCUGGCGAACAAAUCUCCACUACAGAAUAUCAGAGUAUACCUGAAUAUUCUACAAAAGAAUACUCCACUACGGAAGAAUUUAAGACAACAGAACAGACUACAGAACGAUACACUACACUCGAACAAUCUACAGAACAUACUUCAACCACAGAACAAUACAGCACUCCGAAAUAUUCUACAACAGAACAGUUCAGUACAUCGCAACAACCUACAGAACAAUAUAUUACUUUGAAACAAUAUACUACGACUGAACAGGUUGGCGAACGGAUUUCUACUACAGAAUAUCAGAGUACACCUGAAUAUUCUACAAAAGAAUACUCCACUACGGAAGAAUUUAAGACAACAGAACGAUAUACUACACUCGAACAAUCUACAGAACUUACUUCAACCACAGAACAAUACAGCACUCCGAAAUAUUCUACAACAGAACAGUUCAGUACAUCGCAACAGCCUACAGAACAAUAUACUACUUUGAAACAAUAUACUACGACUGAACAGGUUGGCGAACGGAUUUCUACUGCAGAAUAUCAGAGUACACCUGAAUAUUCUACAAAAGAAUACUCCACUACGGAAGAAUUUAAGACAACAGAACGAUAUACUACACUCGAACAAUCUACAGAACUUACUUCAACCACAGAACAAUACAGCACUCCGAAAUAUUCUACAACAGAACAGUUCAGUACAUCGCAACAGCCUACAGAACAAUAUACUACUUUGAAACAAUACACUACGACUGAACAGGUUGGCGAACGGACUACUACAGAAUAUCAGGGUACACCUGAAUAUUCUACAAAAGAAUAUACCACUACGGAAGAAUUUAAGACAACGGAGAGGACUACAGAACGGUACACUACACUCGAACAAUCUACGGAAUAUAUCUCGACCACGGAACCAUAUAGCACUCCGAAAUAUUCUACAGAAGAAUAUUCUACAACAGAACAGUUUACUACAUCACAACAGCCUACGGAACAGUACACUACGACUGAACAGGUUGAAGAACGAAUUUCUACUACAGAAUAUCAGGGUACAUCCGAAUAUUCUACAAAAGAAUAUUCUACUACGGAAGAAUCUAAGACAACAGAACAGACUACAGAACGAUACACUACGCUUCAACAAUCCACGGAACAUAUUUCGACCACGGAACAAUAUGGCACUCCGGAAUAUUCUACGGAACAAUAUUCUACAACAGAACAGUACGCUACUCCGAAGCCGUACACGACAACCGGACAAUCUAGAGAACAGGUCUCUACUACGGAACCUUACAGUACAUCUGAAUAUCCCACAGAAGGGUACUCCACCACAGAACAGCACAUCACAUCUACGCAAUCGUCCUUCACUACUAUGCACAGCACAACUGAAUAUUCUACAGAAGAGCUUUCUACUGUGGUACAACAAUUCGCUACGUCCGAACAAUCCACAGAGCAAUAUACAACAACGGGACAGAGUAUUCCAACGGAAUAUUCCACAACAGAACAAUUUACGACAGAGGAAUAUUCCACAACUCCCGUACAGGUUAUCCGGAAUGAAACAGACAUGAUCUGCGAUGUGGAUAGCGACUGCACCGAAUGCGAGAGUUGCAUCGACCGUCUGUGUCACAAUCCUUGUAAAACUGGUAAACCCUGCCCAGAGAACGUAAUAUGCGACGUUACGAAUCAUCGGCCUGUGUGCUUAGACUCAAGUAUCGAGCGCAGUACGUCUAAUUGUAGCAUACUCCCAGACGUGAAAUGCACAACACACAGCGACUGCCCCGUUCAACUUGCGUGCGUGAAUCAACAAUGCCUGAAUCCUUGCACCUUGGGCAACCCAUGCGACUUCAUCGAGGUGUGUCAUGUCCAAGAUCACAGACCAGUUUGUGUCAAAUUGGAUACUAACGAAGCAGAAUGUCCUUAUUGUCCACCUGGUAUGCAGUGCGACCCAACGACAAACACCUGCGUCAAAGCGGGUUGCACUAGCAACAGGGAUUGCCCUUUGACAGAGGCGUGCAUUGGGCAUACUUGUCAAGAGCCAUGUCUAGUUCGGAAUCCUUGCGCGGAACAUGCUAUUUGUAUUAAUACGAAUCAUGGAGCAGACUGCAGCUGCGAGGAAGACUACCACGGAAACGGAUUCUCCUAUUGCGAUUUGCUAGAAGAAGGCAAAAAUAUUUGUCAAUACAACGAAGACUGUCCUCCGAAUAAGUACUGCGAUCGACUCAACAGAGAGUGCAUCAAUCCUUGCGCCGAAUAUGACUGCGGAGAAAACGCAAAGUGCACAUCCAGUAACCGCGAAGCGCAGUGCAUUUGUCUACCAGGAUACCAAGGGAAUCCUCACAUCAGCUGCCAGGAGAUACUGACUUCCGAUCCUUGCGUUCCGAAUCCGUGUGGUCUCAACGCGUUAUGCGAGAACGACAAUGGAAAUCCAGUCUGUUUUUGUCCGAAAGGUCUAACCGGCAGUCCGUUCGAGCAAUGCAUUCCAGAAGGCGACCAGUGCGAGGGCAAUCCGUGUGGCAUUAACUCGGGAUGCCGAGUGGUGGGCGGACAGGUGAAGUGCUUCUGUUUGCCAGGAUACGAGGGAAACCCGCCGGUUUCUCCUUGCGUACUACCCAGCACUUCCUGCGAUCCUUCUCCAUGCGGCCCCAAUACCCGCUGUACUGUGUUGAGCAAUGGCUUCGCGAAAUGCACCUGUCUGACAGGAUACAUCGAGAGUCCUAACACGAUCAGGGGAUGUGUGCCCAAAGCCGACCAGUGCGAAUCUAAUCCUUGCGGUUCCGGAGCGGCAUGUAACAGCACGAGAGUACCACCUUGCUACUGCCCGGAUCUCAUGGUCGGAAACCCGUACAAGAGUUGCGGAGUGCGACCAUCUGAACCAUAUGAUCCUUGCUUAUUGUCACCUUGCGGCAAGAACGCUAUUUGCACCUCGUUCGAUGGUGUGGCUAAAUGUGCAUGCAUACCACCAUUCGUCGGCAAUCCCUACAUGGACGGCUGCGAAGCUGAAUGCAUUGUUAAUCACGACUGCGAGAGUCAUUUGGCCUGCUUCAAUCAGCAUUGCAGAGAUCCGUGUCCAGGAGUAUGCGGCGCUAAUGCGCGUUGCGAGGUCGUCGAUCAUCUUCCAAUGUGUUCCUGCUUACCAGGAUACACCGGGGAUCCGUUCAGAUCCUGCAAAGUGGAAAAGCCUUUGCCAGAUCAGAAUUCGUGCAUGCCAUCACCGUGCGGCCCACACAGCAUCUGCCGUGUAAUGAACGACCGUGCAGUAUGCUCCUGCAGUCCGGGUUAUCAAGGCACACCUCCACAUUGUCGUCCCGAAUGUCUCGUCAGCACGGAAUGCCCAACUCAUUUAGCUUGCAUCAAUCAAAAGUGUAACGAUCCUUGUCCAGGCUUGUGCGGCUCGAAUGCUCAUUGUCAAGUCCUCAAUCACAACCCUAUCUGUAGUUGUCCUCGUCAGUACGUCGGCGAUCCAUUCACUCAAUGCACCAAGGAAGAACCUUUACCUCCAACUAAGAAUCCUUGCUUGCCAUCGCCUUGCGGAUCUAACGCGGAUUGUCGUGUCCAAGAAGACCAUCCAAUUUGCACGUGUAUCAGCGGUAUGUUUGGGGCACCACCGAAUUGUAGACCGGAGUGCGUGAUCGAUCAAGACUGCGCUAGUUCCUUAUCAUGUAUCCAGAAGAAAUGUCUGGACCCGUGCAUUGGAUCCUGCGGAUUCAAUACAAAUUGCACUGUGCAAAAUCACCGACCUAUGUGCUAUUGCUACGACGGUUACGAGGGAGAUCCUUUCUCAGGUUGUGCCAAAGUCGUCUUCCCAGUGCAAAUGCCAUGCGAUCCUUCGCCGUGCGGCGCGAACGCCGUGUGCAAAGAACGCAAUGGCGCGGGCUCUUGCACUUGUUUACCCGAUUACACCGGCGAUCCAUACGAGGGUUGUCGACCAGAGUGCGUGCAAAACUCGGAUUGCGCUCACACGAAAGCCUGCAUCAAUAAUAAAUGCAAGGAUCCGUGCAUAGGAGCGUGCGGGAUCAACGCGCAGUGCCAAGUUUAUAAUCACCAGCCGUCGUGCAGUUGCCUUUCCGGUUACACCGGAGAUCCUCUUAAAUCUUGUCACGUGCCGAUAGAGCCUCCAGUACCGGACAAUACGUGCCAACCGUCUCCCUGUGGACCAUAUAGCAACUGUCGUGUUAUCGACAAUCACGCGGUCUGCUCUUGCCAGCCUAAUUACAUCGGCAGCCCACCGUCUUGUCGGCCGGAAUGCGUAGUCAGCACGGAUUGUGGCGCAAACGCGGCCUGUAUCAAUCAGAGAUGUAAGGAUCCAUGUCCAGGCACGUGUGGCGUGAAUGCAGAGUGCCGAGUGAUCAAUCAUAAUCCAGUUUGCAUUUGCGCGAUCGGCUACAGCGGCGAUCCGUUCUUCGGAUGUGUUAAAGAGGUAGAGAUAACAUCAACACCAAAACCAAGUGGCAAUCCGUGCAUCCCAUCGCCGUGCGGGCCGAACUCCCAGUGUCGAGUAAUCGACGGCUUCCCAGCAUGCUCGUGUUUGCCAAAUUACGUGGGUCGCCCACCGAAUUGUCGUCCCGAAUGUGUCAUAAACGAGGGAUGUCCUGGCAAUUUGGCCUGUCAAAACGAACAGUGCGUCGACCCGUGCCCAGGCUCCUGCGGCGUGAAUACCAACUGCAACGUCGUCAAGCACAAUCCUGUUUGUAUAUGCAACGAAGGUUACACGGGCAACCCCUUCACGGAGUGCACACCCAUCAUGGAUGAACCUAUUACAACAGUACGAUACACCACACCGUGCAAUCCGUCACCAUGCGGCGCGAACGCCGUGUGCAACGAACGAAACGGUGUCGGAUCUUGCACAUGUCUGCCGCAAUACUUUGGUGAUCCGUAUAUCGCCUGCAGACCCGAGUGUGUGACCAACGCUGACUGUGACCGCAGCAAAGCUUGUCUGAACAACAAGUGCGUGAAUCCAUGCCCCGGUACUUGCGGUCAGGGUGCCACAUGUCGCGUCGUCAAUCACGCCCCGUCGUGCUCCUGUCUGCCGGGUUACACUGGCGACCCGGUGAACGGUUGCACGGUGAUGGACGUGACACCGUUGCCUCCGCCGAUCAAUCCCUGUGAUCCAUCGCCGUGCGGACCCAACAGCAAUUGCCGGACGCAAAACGGACACGCGGUGUGCCUGUGCCAGCCAGGAUUCUCCGGCAUUCCUCCGACCUGUCGACCUGGUUGUAUCGUCAGCUCUGAAUGUUCGCAGAACAAAGCGUGCAUCGAUAACAAGUGCGCGGACCCGUGUCCAGGUUCAUGCGGACAGAACACCAACUGCCUCACGGUGAACCACAACCCUAUCUGCAGCUGCGCCAACGGCUACGCCGGCGAUCCCUUCGUACACUGCUUCAAAAUCAGCACCGUACCGCCGUUGCCGAAAGGCGAUGGAGACCCGUGCUCGCCGAAUCCAUGCGGCCCGAACUCGCAAUGCAAGGUGAUCGGCUCACAUCCAGCCUGCUCUUGCUUGCUGAACUAUAUCGGUCGUCCGCCGAACUGCAGACCAGAAUGCACCGAUAACUCGGAAUGCCUCAGCACCGCCGCGUGUAUCAAUCAGAGGUGCAAGAAUCCUUGCCCGGGCGCUUGCGGCGAUUUCGCCAAGUGCACCGUGCAGAAUCACAUUCCGAUCUGCACUUGUCCAGAGGGAUACGAGGGCGACGCUAUUGUGCGCUGCGACUUGGCGCCACCGCCAGCGACAGACAAGUCUGUCCCGAAUCCAUGCUCACCGAAUCCUUGCGGCCCCAACGCACAAUGUCGCGAAAGAAACGGAGCAGGCGCUUGCGGAUGUCCGCCGGAUCUGAUAGGUGAUCCUUACGACAUUAUAAAGGGUUGCCACAGGGAAUGCGAGACGAACAACGACUGUGCACCGCAACUAGCAUGCGUUGGCUUCAAGUGCACGGAUCCUUGUCCCAACACGUGCGGAACGCUAUCUAUAUGCAACGUACAAGCGCAUGUUCCUAUUUGCCUGUGCCCACAAGGUUUUACAGGAGACCCGUACUUCGCCUGUGAGAUCGUAGAAAUCAAACAACAAGCGGAGCCAUGUACUCCGUCGCCUUGCGGACCCAACAGUAAAUGCCGAGUGGUUAAUGGUCAAGCUGUAUGCACAUGCCUACCAGAAUACAGAGGUAUUCCACCGUCGUGCAGACCAGAAUGCAUCGUUAACGCUGAGUGUCCACCGCACCUUGCGUGCGUGAACAAGAAAUGCGCGGAUCCUUGUCCGAACACCUGUGGACUCAGGGCGCAAUGUACCACCAAGAAUCACAACCCGAUUUGCACUUGUCCCUCCGGCUUCACGGGAGAUCCUUUCACCUUUUGCUCGCCACACAUUUCAGAGGAAUUCCCGAUUACCGAGCGACCACCGUCCUGCACUCCAUCGCCUUGUGGCCCGAAUUCCUUGUGCCAAAUAAUUUCCGGUAAUCCUGCGUGCUCUUGUCUGCCGAAUUACAUCGGCGUACCGCCGCAAUGUCGACCAGAAUGCAUCUUGAGCUCCGAGUGCAAGAGUCAUCUCGCAUGCGUCAAUCAGAAGUGUGCGGACCCAUGUCCGGGCUCAUGCGGAGUGAACGCACAAUGUCACGUGUUAAACCACGUGCCGGUCUGUACAUGCAUGGAAGGUUUCACCGGAGAUCCAUUCACGCAGUGCAGCGUUAUCCCGACAGUUACGAUAGCACCGUCCACCGAUCCUUGCGCUCAAUCUCCGUGUGGCCCGAACGCCGUGUGCGAUAACGGUGAAUGCAGGUGCCUGCCCGAAUACAUCGGCAACCCCUACGAGGCUUGUCGUCCGGAAUGCAUCCUGAAUUCUGAGUGUCCUCGCGACAAAACAUGUCUGAGAAAUAAGUGCAAGGAUCCUUGCCCCGGAAUUUGCGGUCAAAACGCGCAAUGCGACGUGGUGAAUCACAUUCCCGUCUGUUCCUGUCCAUCCGGAUACAUGGGUGAUCCGUUCAUCAGCUGUCGCGUUCAGCCCAUAGUGCCGCUACCUCAGAGGGAUCCAUGCACACCUUCACCUUGCGGACAGAACAGCCAGUGUCGCAACAUCGAGGAUCAUGCUGUGUGCUCUUGCCUUCGGGGAUAUCUCGGUUCUCCGCCGUCCUGCAGGCCGGAAUGUCUCGUUAGCUCUGAGUGUCCGCCCACGCGAGCUUGUGUCAACAAAAAGUGUACGGAUCCGUGCUUGGGAUCCUGUGGCCUAAACGCGAGAUGCGAAGUGAUAAACCACUCGCCGAUAUGCAGUUGCUUGUCUGGACAAACUGGAGAUCCGUUCAAGAGUUGUUACGACAUGCCAAUACCUCCGGAACCGAAGGACCAGGGCGACCCUUGCAAUCCUUCGCCAUGCGGACCAAACGCUCAGUGUCAGAAUGCAAACGGACAAGCAUCGUGUUCGUGUCUGCCCACGUACAUCGGUAUUCCACCAACUUGUCGGCCCGAGUGCUUGAUCAAUCCCGAUUGUCCUCCGGAAAAAUCCUGCAUCAACAUGAAGUGCAAAGAUCCUUGCCCAGGAUCCUGCGGGGAUAACGCCGAGUGUAAAGUAGUAAACCACGCGGUGACUUGUUCCUGCAAGAUCGGAUACACCGGCAAUCCGUUUGUGCAGUGCGUGUUGGAAGAAGAGACGAUCAAUCCCUGCGAGCCUUCACCUUGCGGAGCCAACGCGAUUUGCCAACAACGAGAUAACGCAGGCGCUUGCAUCUGCAUCGACGAUUAUCACGGUAAUCCUUACGAAGGCUGUCAACCCGAGUGCGUUCUCAGUGCGGAUUGUCCGACGAACAAAGCUUGCGUACGCAACAAGUGCAAGGACCCCUGCCCGGGUGUGUGCGGCGUUCGCGCGCAGUGCUCGGUCAUCAAUCACAUUCCCACAUGCACCUGCGAGCCCGGAUACAUCGGAGAUCCUUUCACGAUCUGCACCUUCCAACCGGAAGUAGAAACCGAGCCAACAGUCCGCGAUCCAUGUUCGCCGACACCUUGCGGACCGAACAGCUUGUGCCGUGCGGUGAACAAUCAACCUGUGUGCACGUGUCAGGAGUCCUUCACGGGUACUCCGCCGAACUGCAAGCCAGAAUGCGUCGUCAACACAGAGUGUCCGCAGAACAGGGCAUGCUAUAAGUAUAAAUGCACGGAUCCGUGCCCAGGCACUUGCGGUGUGGAAGCCAAUUGUCGCGUUAUCAAUCACAAUCCGCUCUGCAGCUGUCCGCAAGGAAUGACGGGUGAUCCCUUCUCCAGAUGUUUUCCUGAACCAGUUGUGCCGAUGCCACCGGUGGAUCCUUGCUUCCCCAGCCCGUGUGGAAUUUACGCGGAGUGCAAAGUCGUCAACAAUCAAGCCGCGUGUACAUGCUUGAAGAAUUACAUAGGCUUGCCACCGAAUUGCCGCGCGGAGUGUGUAGUCAAUACAGAUUGUCCGUCGGAUCAAGCCUGCAUCUCAGAGAAGUGUCGAGAUCCCUGCAUCGGCUCCUGCGGCCAGAAUGCUGACUGCCGCGUUCAGAAUCACAUACCAGUAUGUUUGUGUCAAGCUGGAUACUCUGGCGAUCCUUUCACGUUGUGCACAUUAAUAGUUGAACAACCAAAGAUUCCCGAAGAUCUUUGCAACCCAUCGCCUUGUGGACCUAACACGAAUUGCAACGAAGGUGUAUGCACUUGUCUCCCUAAUUACUUCGGCGAUCCGUAUUCGUAUUGUCGACCGGAAUGCACGAUGAAUUCGGAUUGUCCUCGCAUCAAAACGUGCAUCAACCAGAACUGCGUGGAUCCUUGUCCAGGCACUUGUGGUCGUGAUGCUCACUGCGACGUGGUCAAUCACGUGCCAAUGUGCAGCUGUCCAUCUGGUUACACCGGAAAUCCGUUCCUCCUGUGCCGACCAUUCAUACCGGAUGAUACCAUCAAGCAACCUUGUACUCCUUCGCCCUGUGGACCGAACAGCGUUUGCAAGGUGGUGAACGGUCACGCUGUCUGCUCGUGCCAGCCUGGUUUAAUCGGCAGUCCACCAGCCUGCAAGCCAGAAUGCGUUGUCAGCGCGGACUGUCCAUUGACACAUGCGUGUCUGAAUAACAAAUGUCAAGAUCCGUGCCCGGGAACCUGUGGACAGAACACGAACUGUCAAGUGGUCAAUCAUAAUCCGAUAUGCAGCUGCGCCGAAUCUUACACGGGCGAUCCAUUUACCAUAUGUUAUCCGCAACCAAAAACACCACCAGUGCCGACGAAUCCGUGCCAACCGUCGCUUUGCGGGCCCAACGCGGAGUGUCAAGUGAGAGGUGACAGUCCCGCGUGUUCGUGUAUCGAAAAUUACGUCGGUCUGCCGCCGAAUUGCAGGCCGGAGUGUACGAUUAACCCGGAGUGUCCGCCGCAGUUAGCGUGUAUGCAACAAAAGUGUCGCGAUCCGUGUGUCGGUCUGUGCGGUCUGAAUGCUCAGUGCUCCGUAGUGAAUCACCAUGCGGUUUGUGCUUGCGUCGUCGGAUACACCGGAAAUCCAUUCAGCGCUUGCGAACGAGUAUCCGAGGAUACGCUCCUAGACAUUAGAAAACCAUGCGAGCCUUCUCCAUGCGGUCUGAACGCGAUCUGCCGCGAGAACAACGGCGUUGGCUCGUGUACCUGUCCACCAGACUACUUAGGUGAUCCCUACACCGAAUGCAGACCCGAGUGCACGCAAAAUUCCGACUGUUUGACGAGAAUGUCGUGCGUCACCCUGAAAUGCAGAGAUCCUUGCCCAGGCACAUGCGGAGUGAACGCCCAGUGCCAGGCGGUUAAUCAUCUGCCAAUGUGCACUUGCAUUCCUGGCCAUACCGGCAACCCCUUUACGUACUGUUCCCCGAUAGUCGAAGCCCCUCUCCCGCAGACAAACCCAUGCAGUCCAUCCCCAUGUGGACCGAAUAGUAAGUGUCGGGAUGUAAACGGCGUCGCCGUAUGCACCUGUCUCCCGAACUUUAUCAGCAGCCCUCCCAACUGCCGAGCCGAAUGCGUGGUGAACAGUCAAUGCCCCCUGGAACUCGCAUGCAUCAAUCAGAAAUGCGCAUCGCCCUGCCCGGAUCCGUGCGGAAUAAACACCCAGUGCAAAGUAAUCAAUCACAGCCCCAUCUGUAUCUGCAAGUUCGAUUAUACCGGGGAUCCCUUUACGAAGUGUUUCCCCGCGCCACAAUCGCCGUUGCCAGACUAUCCUGUAAUACCCCAAGACCCGUGCAUACCGUCCCCGUGCGGCAUGUACGCGGAGUGUAGGAAUAUCGGCGGCACAGCCUCCUGCUCCUGCCUGCCGACCUACAAAGGCUCGCCGCCGAAUUGUCGUCCCGAGUGCCGCGUGAAUUCCGAUUGCCCGAUGAAUCUUGCCUGCAGCAACGAGAAGUGCAGGGAUCCCUGCUUAGGCUCCUGCAGCAUCACUUCGUUGUGCACCGUGUACAAUCACGUACCCGUGUGCACCUGUCCCGAGGGAUACACCGGCGAUCCUUUCAGUAAUUGUUACCCCAGACCGAUCGCAACUGCUCCUACGAUUAUCGAUCCCUGUGACUUGAAUCCGUGCGGACCAAAUGCACGAUGCAAUAAUGGCAUUUGCUUGUGCCUGCCCGAAUACCAGGGUGAUCCUUACGUGGGUUGUCGUCCCGAGUGCGUCAUGAACACCGAUUGCGUUCAUGAUCGCGCGUGCAUCCGUAAGAAGUGCGCGGACCCUUGCCCGGGCACGUGCGGCCGAAAUGCACUGUGCUCCGUGUACAAUCACAUACCCAUCUGUACCUGUCCAGCCAGAAUGGCCGGCAAUGCCUUCGUCCAGUGUUCCAUUGUCGAAGAUUCCGUGAAGGAGAAUCCUUGCUCACCCUCGCCCUGCGGACCCAACAGUCUUUGCCGAGAGAACAACGGGCAACCGGUGUGCUCGUGUGUCGCCGGAUUCCUCGGUGUACCGCCGACGUGCCGGCCGGAAUGCACUGUCAGUUCCGAGUGUCCGCUGACCGAAGCUUGCAGCAAUCAAAAGUGCAUAAACCCCUGCCUCGGUACAUGCGGAAUUCGUGCUACGUGUCAAGUGAUCAAUCACAACCCUAUUUGUAGCUGCCCAGCGGAACUCGACGGAGACCCAUUCAUUCGAUGCUUUCCACGACCGCUCGAGCCUGUGGUACAGACCAACCCUUGCGUGCCAUCCCCUUGCGGACCGAAUGCCGAAUGUCGGGUUGUAGGUGAUAGUCCUUCGUGUUCCUGUUUAGCCGAAUUCCUAGGCUUACCACCGAAUUGUAGACCGGAGUGUGUCAGCAACAGCGAGUGUGCCUCGCAUUUGGCGUGUAUAAAUCAGAAAUGUAGAGAUCCAUGCGAAGGCUCGUGCGGCGCCAAUGCCGAAUGUCGCGUGGUGAGCCACACACCCAUGUGCGUUUGUCCCAACGAUUUCACCGGCGAUCCAUUCACGCAGUGUACAAUCAAGCCACCCACGCCUAUCGCGGUGUCACCCUGUAAACCAUCACCUUGUGGUUUUAACGCCGUUUGCAAGGAACAGCACGGUGUAGGAUCGUGCACUUGCCUACUCGAUUACAUCGGCAAUCCUUACGAAGGAUGUCGACCAGAGUGCGUUAUUGACACGGAUUGCAUAUCCGCUCUUGCUUGUAUACAAUCCAAGUGUCAGGACCCAUGCCCCGGAACUUGCGGACAGUUCGCUGAGUGUCAAGUUAUUAGUCAUCGACCCACUUGCACAUGUAUUCCUGGUUACAGCGGCAAUCCCUUCCAGUAUUGCGCUAUGAUUCGCGAUAUCGUUGACAUUCCCAAGGAUGUCUGCAAUCCAUCGCCUUGCGGGCCCAACAGUCAGUGUCGCGUUAAUAACAAUCAGGCGGUCUGUUCUUGCUUGCCGACAUAUAUCGGUAGCCCACCAGUAUGUCGUCCCGAAUGCGUGACAAGCUCGGAUUGUUCACUCGCGCUUGCUUGCGUGAAUCAAAAAUGCCAAGAUCCCUGUCCCGGCUCCUGCGGCAGGAACUCAAACUGCAAAGUCGUCAAACACAGUCCAAUCUGCUCCUGCAGGAACGGCUAUACCGGCGAUCCAUUUACCGUUUGCUUCCAAACGCCUGUGAGCCCACCCGUUGUAAGUGACGUCGUGAGAGACCCAUGUGUACCGUCACCCUGCGGCGCAUUCUCCGAAUGUCGCGAUAUAGGAGGAGUACCGUCGUGCUCUUGUUUGCCGACCUACAGAGGCAGCCCACCGAAUUGUAAACCAGAAUGCACUAUCAAUACAGAGUGUCCGGCUAAUAUGGCCUGCAUGCAGCAAAAGUGUAGGGAUCCUUGUCCAGGCUCGUGUGGCAUACUGGCCGAAUGUAGCGUCGUUAAUCACGUGCCGAUUUGCUCGUGUCUGUCCGGCUACACCGGUGAUCCUUUCACCAGUUGUACCUUAAGUCCAACUGUCAGUCCCGUUGAAAAAGAUCCAUGCACACCCACACCAUGUGGAUCCAAUGCGCAGUGCAACAGAGGAGUCUGUACUUGCAUAGCAGAACAUUUCGGAGAUCCUUACAGCGGUUGUCGGCCGGAAUGCGUGUUGAACAAUGACUGCACAAAUACGCGAGCAUGCGUGCGAAACAAAUGUGUGGAUCCUUGCCCGGGUGUUUGCGGCCAAAACGCUGUGUGCAACGUGUACAAUCACGUUCCUAUGUGCAGUUGCUCCGCAGGAAUGGACGGAAACGCUUUCGUUCUAUGUUCUCCCGUUCCAGCACCCACUAUUAGAGACCCGUGUAAUCCAUCUCCGUGCGGUCCAAACAGUCAAUGUCGACAGAAUAAUAUGCAGGCUGUAUGCAGUUGCAUAAGCGGCUUUGUCGGAGCGCCGCCGACUUGCCGACCCGAGUGCGUAAUUAGCUCGGAUUGUCCAAAGAGCGAGGCGUGUACGAACCAGAAAUGUCGGGAUCCUUGUCCCGGAAGUUGCGGACGCAACGCAAUUUGCAACGUCAUUAAUCACAAUCCUAUUUGCAUGUGCCGUGCCGGAAUGACGGGGGAUCCGUUUAUCAAUUGCUUCCCAAUCCCUGAGAACCCGUUACCCGUGGUCAAUCCCUGUCAACCAUCGCCGUGUGGACUAAACUCGCAAUGUCAAGUAAUCAAUGACCAAUCCUCUUGCUCAUGCUUGCAAGAAUUUAUCGGAUCACCCCCGAACUGUCGAUACGAAUGCGUCAGCAACGGCGAGUGUUCGAACAAAAUGGCCUGCGUCAAUCAGAAAUGUCGUGAUCCAUGCAUUGGCGCUUGUGGACUCAAUGCCAUUUGCAAUGUUGUUAGCCACACGCCUAUGUGCGCGUGCACAACCGGUUACACUGGCGAUCCGUUUACGCAGUGCUCUCCCCAACAAUUCGACAUACAGCCUAGCAUAUCAACACCGUGCACCCCAUCUCCGUGCGGCGCGAAUGCAGUCUGCAGAGUUCAGCAGAACGCGGGUUCUUGCACAUGCUCGAUCGAUUAUAUCGGCAAUCCUUACGAAGGUUGCAGGCCUGAGUGCACCCUUAAUUCGGAUUGUCCGUCCAAUCAAGCGUGCAUUGGUCUAAAAUGCAAAGACCCGUGUCCAGGAACCUGCGGCCAGAACGCGCAGUGCUACGUGAUCAAUCACGCGCCAACUUGCACUUGCUUCGAGCGAUACACGGGAAAUCCAUUUAUAUUCUGCAAUCUUAUCGUCGAAGCCCCGAUUAUAUCAGAUAAUGUCAAUCCCUGCCAGCCAUCUCCUUGCGGACCAUAUAGUCAAUGCAGAGAGAGCAACGGCCAAGCCGUUUGCUCGUGCCUUCCAACUUACAUAGGCGCACCGCCCGGUUGCAAACCGGAGUGCACAGUUAGCACGGAUUGCGCAACGAAUCGCGCUUGCGAGAAUAACAAGUGUGUCGACCCCUGUCCUAACUCGUGCGGCCAAGGCACGACGUGCAGAGUUGUGAAUCAUAGCCCGAUAUGCAUGUGCAAACCGGGAUUCAGCGGCGAUCCAUUCACGCGCUGCUCAUUCAUUCCACCUGCCCCGUUACCAAGCCCGCCUUCGGACCCUUGCUUCCCCUCUCCUUGUGGGCCCAAUUCGCAAUGCCGCAAUAUUAACGGUUACCCAUCGUGCUCCUGUAUGAUAAAUUACAUCGGUACACCGCCAAAUUGUCGCCCCGAAUGCGUCAUACCCGCUGAUUGCCCGAGCAAUCAGGCUUGCAUCCGCGAAAAGUGUCAGGAUCCCUGCCCAGGCUCCUGCGGUCUAUAUGCUGAUUGCACUGUUCACAAUCACAUUCCAACCUGCAGAUGUAUAGAGGGUUACACUGGCGAUCCGUUUAUCGGUUGUCAGUCUGUGCCAAUCAAAGACGAAGCGCCAGUAAUUGACCCAUGCAGUAAGUCACCCUGUGGACCAAACGCUCGAUGCAAUAAUGGCCUUUGCACUUGCAUUCCCGAGUACUUCGGCGACCCGUACGCCGGUUGUAGACCGGAGUGUGUACUUAGUACGGAUUGCUCAACCGACAAAGCGUGCAUACGCAACAAAUGUGUAGACCCUUGCCCGGGUACUUGCGGACAAAACAGCUUGUGCAACAUGAUCAAUCACACGCCGAUGUGCAGUUGCCCGCCCGGUACUGUCGGGAACGCGUUCAUUUCUUGCGACGUAAUGAAAGUUCUUCCGGAAACGAGACCAUGCAACCCGAACCCUUGCGGUCCAAACAGCAUAUGUCGAGAAUCAAACGGACACGCCGUAUGCACUUGUGCUCCUGAAUUCCUUGGCUCACCGCCUCUUUGCCGACCCGAGUGUACUCUCAGCUCCGAUUGCCGACAGAACGAAGCCUGUGCCAAUCAGAAAUGUAAAGAUCCUUGUCCCGGUACAUGCGGCAUCCAAGCAAGAUGCGUGGUCGUGAAUCACAACCCCGUCUGCUCGUGUCCCGAACGUUACACGGGCGACCCGUUCAUCAAAUGCGACGUGCUAAUACCAGUAGUGCCCGUGAAUCCCUGUCAACCUUCGCCCUGCGGUCCGUACGCUACAUGCCAGGUCAUAAACGAUUUGCCGUCCUGCUCGUGCUUGCCCGAAUACAAAGGCUCGCCCCCGAAUUGCCGACCCGAAUGUAUCUCCAACCCCGAGUGCCCCAGCCACCAGAGUUGCGUGCGGCAAAAGUGCAAGGACCCCUGCCCAGGUCUAUGCGGGGAGAGUGCGGAGUGCCACGUGGUGCAGCAUGUGCCUCAUUGCGUCUGUUCCUACGGUCUCACCGGCGACCCAUACACGCGCUGCUCGGUGAUACCGAACAAAGUGGAGCCGGAACCCUCGCCCUGCGCGAUCUUUGAAUGCGGCGCGAACGCGAUAUGUAGAGAACGAGACGGCGUCGCGGUUUGCCAAUGCACCGCUAACUACAUUGGCAAUCCGUACUUAGCAUGCCGACCCGAAUGCGUCAUUAAUCCCGACUGUUCGUCCAAUUUGAUGUGCGUGAGAAACAAGUGCGUCAAUCCCUGCGCGGGCAUGUGCGGUUAUAACGCCGAGUGCACGGUUGUCAAUCACCAACCGAUGUGCACGUGCCUUCCCGGAUAUACCGGAGAUCCCUUCAGCAAUUGUCUCAUAAAUCAAAUAGUCAAAGAUGAGAAUGUUUGCUCCCCGUCACCUUGCGGACCCAACAGCAAAUGCAAAGAAGUAUCUGGACAGGCGGUCUGUUCGUGCCUGCCAAGUUACGUUGGAACUCCACCUGCGUGUAGGCCCGAAUGUGUCGCUAGCUCAGAAUGUCCCUCGCAGUUAGCGUGCAAGGACUACAAAUGCGUGAAUCCUUGCCCCAGCCCGUGCGGACUUAAUACCAAUUGCGUGGUCGUUAAUCACAGCCCCAUCUGCAGUUGUAUGUCCGGUUACAGCGGAGACCCGUUCACCAUAUGCACAUCGAUUCCACCUGUGACUCCACCAGGCCCGAUAGAGAGAGACCCAUGCAUACCAUCCCCGUGCGGUAGUUUCUCCCAAUGUAGGAACAUCGGCGGCUCACCCGCCUGUACCUGCCUGGAGAAUUACAUGGGUCAGCCGCCUAAUUGCAGACCCGAGUGCACUAUACACUCGGAGUGCUCGAGCGAUAAGGCCUGCGUCAACAUGAAGUGCGUGGACCCCUGUCCGGGCUCGUGCGGCACCAAUGCCCUGUGCUCGGUGAUUAACCACAUUCCCACAUGCAGAUGUCCCGAGGGUUACACCGGCAACACGUUUACCCUCUGCGAGUUGUUGCCAGCGACACCAAUCCCGUCACCAGUCGAAGACGCCUGCGUCCCGUCACCCUGUGGCCCCAACGCGGAAUGCUUCGACGGUAUCUGUACCUGUCUGCCUGAGUUCCGAGGAGAUCCCUUCGUAGGUUGCCGGCCGGAAUGCGUCCUAAAUACCGAUUGUCCCCGCGACAGAGCUUGCGUGCGCAACAAGUGCAUGGACCCUUGCCCGGGAGCUUGCGCUUUUAACGCGUUGUGCACCGUGAUCGGUCACGUUCCCAUGUGCAGUUGUCCCGGAAAUAUGACCGGCAAUGCGUUCAGUCAAUGCACACCUAUACAAGACAUGCCACCCGCUAAUCCCUGCGGCCUUUCACCCUGCGGACCUAACAGCGAAUGCCGCGUUGUAAACAACCAAGCGGUCUGCUCCUGCAUAAGAGGAUACCUAGGUAGUCCUCCGACUUGCAGACCUGAAUGCAUAGUCAGUACGGAUUGUCCGCAGAACGAGGCGUGUAACAACCAGAAAUGUACGAACCCUUGCCUGGGAAGUUGCGGUAUCGACGCGUUGUGUCACGUGGUGAAUCACAAUCCCAUCUGCAUUUGCCCUCCCUCCCAAACAGGCGAUCCCUUCGUUAGGUGUAUCAAUCAACCACCGCCCGCACCAGCUCCUCCCACGCCAUGUGAACCGUCCACCUGUGGUCCCAACUCGAAAUGCCGGCCGUUCGACGGCAUAUCUCUGUGCUCGUGUCUGCCUGGUUUCAUCGGCAGCCCGCCUAAUUGCAGAGCGGGAUGCGCCAGUAACAGCGAGUGCUCCAAUCACUUAGCCUGCAUCAAUCAGAAGUGCCAAGAUCCGUGCGUCGGUUCUUGCGGCGCGAACGCCAAUUGUCACGUAGUCAGUCACACCCCGAUGUGUACCUGCGUGAAUGGUUACACCGGCGAUCCAUUCACGCAAUGCGUUUUUAGGGAGCCCACACCACUGCCACCCGCGCCUGUUGAUCCUUGCACUCCUUCUCCUUGCGGCUCUAAUGCGAUGUGCAAAGAGUUCAACGGAGCCGGUUCGUGCACGUGUCUACCAAAUUACACCGGUAACCCGUACGAAGGAUGCAGGCCGGAGUGCGUGUUAAACACGGAUUGUCCCGCCAAUCUAGCUUGCAUAAAUAUGAAGUGCAGAGACCCGUGUCCGGGAUCGUGCGGACGCAACGCGUUGUGUCAAGUGGUCAACCACUUACCGGUCUGCAACUGUUACCCCAAAUACACCGGCAACGCCUUCUUGUAUUGCAGCCCGAUAGAGAUAGAAAGUGACGACGCCGUUAGUCGUCCCUGCGAGCCGUCGCCCUGCGGACUCAAUAGCAAGUGCCGCGUUGUGGACCACACGAGCGUGUGCACUUGCUUGCCCACCUUCCUGGGAAGCCCGCCGAAUUGCCGUCCCGAGUGCACAGUCAGUGCCGAGUGCGCUUUCAAUCUAGCGUGCAUCAAGAACAAAUGUAGCGAUCCCUGUCCCGGAUUGUGUGGUUCUAACACGAGAUGCGAGACGAUCCAUCAUAAUGCUAUAUGCUCAUGCCGACUUGGCUUCACGGGUGACCCAUUCGUUGCCUGUUUUGAAAUGCCACCCCCAGAUAAAGUGCGUCCACCUGUGAAUCCUUGCGCACCCUCAACGUGCGGGCCCUAUUCGGAAUGUCGUGACAUUAAUGGCCAAGCGUCCUGCGCUUGUCUGCCAACGUACAUAGGAGCACCACCUAAUUGCAGGCCCGAAUGUUUGAUUAAUUCGGAAUGCCCGAGCAAUCAGGCGUGCAUUCAAAGAAAGUGCAGGUACCCUUGCGACGGAGUGUGCGGAGUAGGAGCAACUUGUAAUGUCAUUAGCCACUUACCCACGUGUUCCUGCCCGAACGGAUUCACCGGGGAUCCGUUCGUAAUGUGUAGACCAGUUCUUGAGGAAGAUACUACGCUUAAACCAACGGAUCCGUGCUUAAACUGCGGCGCCAACACGCAGUGUCUGAACGGUGUGUGCACUUGUCUUCCCGAAUAUCAGGGAGACCCGUUUUUGGGCUGUCGUCCAGAAUGUCUUUUAAAUCCGGAUUGCCCGAGGGACAGAGCUUGCAUUAAGAACAGAUGUCGCGAUCCUUGCGACGGAAUCUGCGGGUAUAAUGCCUUGUGUUCCGUCGUAAAUCACAUUCCGGUCUGCACUUGCCCAUCAGGAAUGUCGGGCAACGCGUUCGUAGCGUGUUCUCCGAUAGAAGUAUCGAUACCGAAAGAUCCAUGCAACCCGACACCAUGUGGACCCAAUAGCCAGUGCCGAAAGAUAAAUGAGCAGGCCGUCUGCUCGUGUAUACCCGGAUACCUGGACGCACCGCCCAAUUGCCGAGCCGAGUGUAUUAUCAGUUCCGAUUGUCCCGCAAACAUGGCCUGCAAUAAUCAGAAAUGCAUAGACCCCUGUCCCGGAACGUGCGGUAUCAGAGCCCAAUGCACCGUAGUCAAUCACAACCCGAUCUGUUCUUGCCCCGCCGAGUUGACCGGCGACCCGUUCACACAGUGCAUCUCAAGACCGGAGCAACCUCCAACGCCCGUAAAUCCCUGCGUCCCGUCUCCGUGUGGGCUCAACAGUAGAUGUCAGGUCGUAAACGACGCGCCCUCGUGCAGUUGCCUAGCAGAGUUCAUCGGCGAACCGCCAAAUUGCAGGCCGGAAUGCGUUAGUAAUAGCGAGUGUUCCACGCAUUUGGCGUGCAUCAAUCAGAAGUGCCGCGAUCCUUGCCCGGGCUCCUGCGGUAUCAAUUCUGAUUGUCGAGUGAUCAGCCACACGUCUAUGUGCGUGUGCUCUGCCGGAUACGAGGGUGAUCCGUUCAUACAAUGUAACCCUAAGCGAAGCGAAGUUAUGAGUGCCGUAAAACCAACUCCCUGUAUUCCGUCGCCUUGCGGCUUCAACGCGAUGUGUCGCGAAUCGAAUGGCGCUGGUUCUUGCACGUGUCUAGCGGAUUACAUAGGCAAUCCGUACGAAGGCUGUCGACCCGAAUGCACGAUGAAUUCCGACUGCACCGCGGACCGCGCGUGCAUCGGAUCGAAGUGUCAGAAUCCUUGUCCAGGCUUCUGCGGGUAUAACGCGGUUUGUCAAGUAGUGAAUCACGCGCCGUUGUGCAUAUGUCAAUCUGGAUACAGCGGCAACCCAUUCAUCUCUUGCAAUAUCGUGGAAGAUACGAAACUAGAGAGCAAUCCGUGCAGCCCGUCUCCCUGUGGACUUAACAGCCAAUGCCGUGAAUUAAACGGUCAAGCGAUCUGCACGUGCUUGCCCACAUUUAUCGGAACCCCACCAAGCUGUCGUGCCGAGUGCACUGUUAGCUCCGAUUGCCUCCAAAAUCGUGCGUGCAAGAACCGCAAAUGCGUUGACCCGUGCCCGGGCAUCUGCGGUAUUAACGCGAGAUGUGAAGUAAUUAAUCACAGUCCGAUUUGUAGUUGCAAUCAAGACUUUACCGGUGAUCCCUUCGUGGCAUGUUUCCGAAUAGAAAUAGAUAAAGACACCCCUACGACGCCGGCGAAUCCGUGCGUGCCAUCUCCUUGCGGUCCAUUCGCCACUUGUCGCGACAGCGGUUAUGCAGGCGUGCCCACAUGUACAUGCCUAGAAAAUUACAUCGGUAGUCCUCCGAACUGCCGGCCAGAAUGCACUGUAGAUUCCGACUGCAGUAGCAAUAGAGCUUGCUUGAGGCAAAAAUGCAGAGACCCAUGCCCGGGCUCAUGCGGUAUCGGAGCGCAAUGUCUCGUGGUCAAUCACAUGGCUGUAUGUCUCUGCCCGAAGGGUUAUACUGGAGAUGCCUUUGCCAGCUGCUAUCCAGAACCUCCCCCUGCACCAGUGCCACAAGAUCCUUGCAAUCCAAAUCCAUGCGGGGCCAAUGCGGUAUGCCGCGACGGUACUUGCGCUUGUAUGCCCGAGUAUCACGGCGAUCCUUAUUCCGCGUGUCGACCCGAGUGCGUGCAGAAUCCGGACUGUCCAUUAGACAAAGCCUGCGUUCGCAAUAAGUGCUUCGACCCAUGCGCCGGAGCUUGCGGGCAAAAUGCGAAGUGCACGGUCAUCAAUCACACCCCCAUGUGCACUUGCCCCGACGGAAUGUCUGGCAACGCUUUCGCGGUGUGUUAUCCGGUACAAGAUACUGUGGUUAAAAACCCGUGCAACCCAUCACCCUGCGGCCCGAACAGUCGCUGCCAGAGCUUUAACAAUCAAGCAGUGUGCUCAUGCGUACCUGGAUUCAUAGGAAACCCCCCGGCCUGUCGUCCCGAGUGCAUAGUCAAUACCGAUUGCGCGCUGAACGAGGCCUGCAUCAACAUGAAAUGCGGCAAUCCCUGCCAGGGUGCGUGCGGUAUAUCCGCGCGCUGCCAAGUGCUCAAUCACAAUCCGAUUUGCAGCUGCCCUCCCGCAUUUACCGGUGAUCCGUUCAUACAUUGCUCACCGAGACCCGAGACUGUACCGAAACCGGUAAACCCGUGCCAACCUUCACCCUGCGGCCCUAAUGCUCAAUGUCAGGUUGUCAACGACUCACCAUCGUGCUCGUGCAUGCCGGAAUACAUUGGAACACCACCGAGCUGCAGACCGGAGUGUAUCAGCAACAGCGAAUGCCCGAGUCAGCAAGCUUGCAUCAAUCGCAAGUGUAGAGACCCGUGCCCCGGAUCGUGUUUCGCCCUGGCCGACUGUCAUGUCGUUAAUCACGUGCCAACUUGCUCGUGUCGCGCCGGUUAUACGGGCGAUCCAUUUGUUCAAUGCACGAUCAAGGAGAGCGAAUCACCAGCACCAAGUCGACCAUGCCAACCGUCCCCCUGCGGCACGAACGCCAUGUGUAGAGAACAGAACGGCGUUGGUUCCUGCACAUGUUUGCCCGAGUACAUCGGAAACCCCUAUGAAGGAUGUCGCCCUGAAUGUACCUUAUCUUCAGACUGCCCCGCGCACUUAGCCUGCAUCGGAUCGAAGUGUCAGAAUCCGUGUCCAGGCUCGUGUGGCGCCAAUACCAACUGCCAAGUCAUCAACAAUAUCCCCGUUUGCACUUGCAUCCCCGGCUACACCGGCAAUCCGUACAUAAAUUGUGUUUAUCAGGCCCUCGAGAUUCCUGAGGAUGACCGUGAACCUUGCAAACCUUCCCCUUGCGGUGCGAACAGUCAAUGCGCCAAUAAUAAUGGUCAAGCGAUAUGCUCCUGUUUACUCAAAUUCAUCGGAGCCCCGCCGUAUUGUAGGCCGGAAUGCUUAGUGAAUUCGGAGUGUGGAUCGAACCGAGCGUGCGUGAAUCAGAAAUGCGUGGACCCCUGCGUUGGUACUUGCGGCCGCGAGGCUCGAUGCAAAGUUAUACACCACAGCCCGAUUUGCAAUUGUCCGAGCGGCUUCACGGGCGAUCCGUUCAUCUAUUGCUUCCAAGCGCCAAUACCAGUACCAAUAGAAGAUCAAUACCCGAAGGACCCGUGUUUACCUUCACCUUGUGGACCGAACGCUCUGUGCAGAGCCGUUGGCAACACACCGGCGUGCAGUUGCAUGCAGAAUUACAUCGGUGUGCCUCCGAAUUGCCGACCCGAGUGCUCGAUAAAUUCGGAUUGUCCCGCCGACAAAGCCUGUAUCAGAGAGAAAUGCAGAGAUCCUUGCCCAGGAUCGUGCGGCCUUUUGGCGCAAUGCACGACGAUAAAUCACACACCGUCUUGCGUGUGUCCCGAAGGAUACACCGGCGAUCCCUUCGUCAGUUGCAACCCCGCGCCUCAGAAACCUCUACCGCCCCCUGACCGAUGCAAUCCAUCACCAUGCGGCCAAAACACUCGAUGUAACGACGGAGUGUGCACAUGCAUUCCCGAGUACUUUGGGGACCCGUUCGUUGGCUGUCGACCGGAAUGCGUCAUCAACACCGAUUGUCCGCGUGACAAGGCUUGUAUGUUGCACAAAUGUCGCGACCCAUGCGUCGGUACGUGCGGCCUCAACGCAGAAUGCAACGUCGUUAAUCACUUGCCGAUGUGCAGCUGUCCGCGAAACAUGACCGGCAACGCGUUCAUUUCCUGCACGCCCGUGCAAGAUACGAUCAUCUUCGAGCCGUGCAACCCAUCCCCCUGCGGACCAAACAGUCAUUGUCGCGCGUCAAACGGUCAGGCGGUUUGCGCGUGCAUCGCCGGAUUUAGAGGAGCCCCGCCGUCCUGUAGGCCGGAGUGUCUCAUAAGCGCUGACUGCGCUCGCAAUCGGGCCUGCAGCAAUCAGAAGUGCAUCGACCCAUGUCUCGGUGCGUGCGGAAUAGCCGCGCAAUGCGCCGUCGUCAACCACAACCCGGUGUGCAGCUGUUCGACCUUGUACACGGGAGACCCGUUCGUCCAAUGCUUCCCGCAACCGAAAGAACCACCAUCACCGCCGACCGAUUCUUGCCGACCUUCACCUUGCGGCCCGAACGCGGUUUGUCAGGUCCUCAACGGCGCUCCGUCGUGCUCGUGCUUGCCGCAGUUUAUCGGUAUCCCACCUAGGUGUAGACCCGAGUGCGUGAGCAACAGCGAAUGUCCCAGCCAACAGGCUUGCAUCAAUCAGAAGUGCCGGGAUCCUUGUCCGGGAUCGUGCGGCAGGAAUGCCGAGUGUAGGACCGUCAGUCACACCCCGAUGUGCGUUUGCGCCAGCGACUUUACCGGAGAUCCCUUCAUCCAAUGUAACCCUCGGCCAAUUGAAACACCUCCCGCUCUGUUAAACCCAUGCCAAUCAUCCCCGUGUGGCGCGAACGCUAUGUGUCGGGAAGUCUCCGGCUCGGCCUCUUGCGUCUGCUUGCCCGAUUUCUACGGAAACCCGUACGAAGGUUGUAGGCCCGAGUGCGUAAUCAAUUCCGACUGUACGUCCAAUCGAGCUUGCAUAAGGAACCGCUGUCAGGAUCCCUGUCCAGGAACGUGCGGCGUCAACGCGAUCUGCGAAGUCAUCAAUCAUAUACCAGCGUGCAGCUGUCAGCCAAGACACACCGGAGACCCGUUCAGAUAUUGUUCACCCAUACAAGAAACUCCUCCGACGCCCAUAGGAGAUCCUUGCCAGCCAUCUCCCUGCGGUCCAAACAGCAACUGCCUUAAUCGAAACGGGCAAGCCAGCUGUUCAUGCUUGCCGAAUUACCAAGGAAAUCCUCCCGAGUGCAGGCCUGAAUGUGUUAUUAGCACAGAAUGCCCCAUGAAUCGCGCGUGUAUCAAUCAGAAGUGCGUUGAUCCGUGCCCAGGUGUGUGCGGCAUUAACGCCAAGUGCAACGCCCUGUCCCACAGCCCGUUCUGCAGUUGCGGACCUGGUCAGAUCGGAGAUCCGUUCGUCAAGUGUUUCGACAUGCCUCUGAUGCCUACACCACCGCAGCAGGCGAACCCUUGCAUCCCGUCGCCCUGCGGCCCAUUCUCCACGUGCCAAGACAGGGGAGGCUAUCCAUCUUGCACGUGUAUGCCCAAUUACAUCGGAUCACCGCCAUACUGCCGCGCCGAGUGCUCGAUCGACUCCGAUUGCACCGGCGACAAAGCCUGCAUCCGAGAGAAAUGUAGAGACCCCUGCCCCGGAUCUUGUGGUUUUAAUGCUCUGUGUACCGUCAUCAACCAUACCCCGGCUUGCACGUGUCCCGACGGAUACACGGGCGAUCCCUUCAACAAUUGUUACCUGACACCCAUGCAGACUCCUCCGGCAAAGCCAGAUCCGUGCAACCCGUCACCUUGCGGCCCGAACGCCGAAUGCACCGGUAACGGCGUCUGCAGAUGCAUAGCCGAGUACCGUGGCGAUCCGUACCGAGAAUGCCGGCCGGAAUGCGUGCAGAACUCCGACUGUCCAUACAACAAGGCUUGCGCGAACAAUAAAUGCGUGGACCCCUGCGUCGGAAUCUGCGGACAAAACGCGGAAUGCGUGGUGGUCGCGCACAUUGCCACUUGCAGUUGCGCCCAGAAUUACGAAGGUGACCCGUUCACCCUGUGUACACGCGUGAAACCACGCGUGAAACCCUGCGAGCCCUCUCCCUGUGGACCCAACAGCGCCUGCCGUGAAUUCGGCGAGCAGGCCUCUUGCUCUUGCCUGCCCGGUUACUUCGGGGUCCCGCCGAGCUGCAGACCCGAGUGUCUCGUUAGCACCGACUGCGAGCAGAGCAAGGCCUGCGUGAACACGAGAUGCCGCAACCCCUGCGAGAACGCGUGCGGCCCGAACGCACUGUGCGUCGUGCGAAAUCACAAUCCUAUUUGCAGGUGCCCCGAUCAGCAUUCCGGCGACCCGUUCGUCAAUUGCUUCCCUAUAACAUCAUCGGACGUAGAACCCUCCACCAAGGACCCGUGUUACCCCUCACCGUGUGGACUGAACUCGCAGUGCGCGGUAUCUGCCGAUAAUAAACCCUCCUGCUCCUGCUUACCCACCUUCUUAGGAUCUCCACCCAAUUGUAGACCCGAAUGCCGUGUAAACAACGACUGUCCCGCCAAUCGAGCAUGCAUUAGGCAGAAAUGUAGCGACCCGUGCGUUGGAUCGUGCGGACUCAAUGCACUGUGCCAAGUCACUUUGCACCAAGCCCGAUGCACCUGUCCCGAAUCAUACACCGGAGACCCGUUCACAGUUUGUUCUGUGAUACCAUCAACACCAGCACCGCCAACACCUUCUAGACCAUGCAGUCCUUCACCUUGCGGUAUAAACGCGUACUGUCAUGAGAGAUUCAACACGGCCAUUUGCGAGUGCAUAUCGAACUACAGAGGCAACCCGUAUCAAGGCUGUCAACCGGAGUGUCUCGUGAAUACCGACUGUCCGCAGUCGCAGGCUUGCAUAAGAACGAAGUGUCAAGAUCCCUGUCCUGGUACUUGCGGGGUCGGAGCGAUUUGCACGGUGUCGAAUCACGUGCCCAUCUGUUCGUGCCCGCUGCCAACGAUCGGCGACGCUUUCACGCUUUGUCAAGUUUCUGUGGAAGAUACCAAAGAAAUGGACCCGUGCUAUCCUUCACCGUGUGGCCCGAAUACCGUCUGCGAAAAAAUCGGCAAUACCGCAGUCUGCAAGUGUUUGCCUGGAUUACAAGGCGUCCCAACGAGUGUCACCGGCUGCCACCCGGAGUGCGUGCUCAGCUCGGACUGUCCAGGCGACAAGGCUUGCAUACAGAGCAAAUGCAAGGAUCCUUGCUCUCAAAACGUAUGCGGCAGCAAAGCGGUGUGUAAAACGAUCAAUCACAGUCCGCUGUGCAGCUGUCCAUCUCCCUUGAUCGGCAAUCCCUUCGAGGAGUGUUACACGAAAAUCGAAACCAAUCCUUGCAGUCCAUCGCCUUGUAAUUACAACGGCGAGUGCAGAGUGAGGAACGGCGUCGCAGUCUGCAUCUAUCCCGAGUGCAUCAUCAACACCGACUGUCCACGCGACAAGGCAUGCUUCUCGCAAAAAUGCAGGGAUCCCUGCAUCGGCGCAUGCGGCAUCAAUUCUCUCUGCCAGACCGUUAAUCACAAACCUGUGUGCUCCUGCCCAGUCGGUUUCACGGGCGACGCCCGAGUGCAAUGUACAAUUCCAACUCUUGCAGAACCGAUCCCAGAAUGCACUCAAAAUACUGAAUGCACGAAUGACAAGACUUGCUUCAAUCAGAAGUGUGUCGAUCCGUGUACUCUGGACUCGUGUGGCCUCAACAGCCGCUGCCACGUGAUAAUACACAGAGCCAUAUGCGUCUGCAACGAAGGAUUUACUGGAAAUCCUCAGCAAUAUUGCCACCAACUCGGUUGCCGCAAUGAUAACGAGUGUCCGUUGAUUCAAUCCUGCAUCAACAAUGAGUGCAUUGACACCUGUCUGGUUACACAGUGCGGCCUCAACGCAUUGUGUACCGCUGACGGAUACCACAAGACUCGAUGCUACUGUCCGGAUGGCUACACAGGCAAUCCAUACGAAGUGUGCGAGAGACCAGAAUGCACGAGCGAUAACGACUGCGCUCCGUUCUUGGCCUGUCGCAAUUUGAAAUGCGUCAAUCCUUGCAACUGCCCGCCACCGGCUUUGUGCACUGUCGUCAAUCAUCGAUCGAUCUGUAAAUGUCCGCCUGGAUAUAUCGGCAAUCCUUACAGCUCAUGUCUUCUGGAACCAUUGGAACCGAAGGCCGAAUGUCAAGUCGACGCCGAUUGUCCCAGCAAGCUGGCAUGUUUCAACGGCAUUUGCAAAGAUCCAUGUGCAGAAACGAAACCGUGCAUCUCUAGCGCCAGAUGCAGCGUCGUCGAUACUUUACCGAUGAGAACAAUGAUCUGCGAAUGCCUGCCGAACUACGCUGGUGAUGCCACCAUUCUUUGCGUGCCAGUGGACAAACAAAUCGCCGCAAUUUGCGAGAGUGACUCACAAUGUACACCGGACAUGGCCUGUCUCAACCGUCGAUGCAUCAAUCCAUGUAACGUCAAUCCGUGCGCUUCAAAUGCGGAGUGUCAUAUCGAGAACCAUCGUCGCAUAUGUCAAUGUCCUCGCGGAUACGCCGGCGAUCCGUUCAUCAACUGCUACGAAGGAAACGUGGUUCUCCCGGAAUGCAGAACAAACACCGAGUGUCCGUCCGACAAAGCGUGCAUUAAUCAACUUUGCCAAGACCCAUGCUCCAGCAAUCGCUGCGGAUUUAACGCCGAGUGCAUCACGAUCAAUCAUCAUCCUUCUUGUCAUUGCCAAGGCGGUUUAGCCGGCGACCCGCAGCUUCAAUGCUUCAGACCCGAGUGUAAAACAGACAACGACUGUCCUUACGACAAGACCUGCCGAAACGACAACUGUGUCACUCCGUGCCUCAUCGGUGAAGUCGUGUGCGGUCGUGGCGCAGAAUGCAGAGCGGUGUCUCACAGAGCUCAAUGUAUUUGCCCGCAAGGCACUCAGGGCGAUCCGCGAGUGGCGUGUAUUUCGGCGAUUUGCCACUACAACGAGGACUGUGCAGAUCACGAAGCCUGCGACAGAUUGAACAGAGUUUGCAGACCAGUCUGCGACGACGACGCUUGUGCCGAAACGGCUACCUGUAUCGCGCGCGACCAUCAGCCGAAGUGCACGUGCCCUCCGGGUACUACCGGAAAUCCAUAUAUAACAUGCGUUGGUGCGCCCAUCGUACCUGAAUGCACACAGGACAGUGAAUGCGCAUUGAAUCUUGCCUGUAUUAACAACAAGUGCCAAGAUCCUUGCGCCUUUGGCGGUAUGUGCACCAGUGAGCAGGAAUGCAAAGUUUUGAACACCGUGCCGCUUCGUACCAUGAUCUGUUUGUGUCCACCAAAUACAAUCACCGAUGAGAACGGACAAUGCAAGCCGAUCGUAUUGGGCAACGUACAAUGUCAUCUGGAUCAAGAUUGCGCCAAUCACGAGAAGUGUCUCGAUGGAGUAUGCGUGGACGCCUGUUUGACAACCCAGUGCGGCUUCAACGCGCAAUGCAAGUCCACGUCUCAUACGAGUAUCUGCUUCUGCUCGCAGGACUUCACAGGCAACGCUUACAUAGAAUGCAUAAGAGUUCCAGUCACUCCGCUGCCAGGACAUCGGCCAGAGUGUUACACGAAUAGCGAGUGCGCGCGCGACAAGCAAUGCAUCAAUUCACUCUGCGUAAAUCCGUGCGUCGCCGGCGACCCUUGCGGCAGGAAUUCUCUGUGCCACGUUGAUCAUCACAAUCCGAUCUGCAAGUGUCCGAUCGGCUACAUCGGCGAUGCCAGGAUUAAGUGCAUACCACCCGAGAUCGUGCCUGAGUGUGUUUCAAACAGUGAAUGCGCAGGAAACUAUGCGUGUGUCAACAAUGCAUGUAUCAAUCCCUGCAAUUGUGGGCCCAAUGCCAAGUGUAACGUCGUCAAUCAUUAUCCUUCCUGCAUAUGCCUGCCAGGCUAUUCUGGCAAUCCUCAGUUGGGAUGCUUCAAACUCGACUGUGAAUCCGACAGUGAGUGCGAUUACACGGCUACCUGCUACAACGGCCAAUGCGUCAAUCCCUGCAUCCUGGACAAUAAAUGCGCCAUCAACGCGGAAUGUUACGGAAAGAAUCAUCGCUCGGCUUGUCGUUGUGGUCCAGGUUAUUACGGCAAUCCUCAGAUUCACUGCGAGAGAGUCGAGUGUAACACGGACCACGACUGUCCCAACAAUCUUGCAUGUAACAACGGUCGCUGCGUGAAUCCUUGCGCCGAGGGCUCACCGUGCGCGCAGAACGCGAUCUGCUACGUGCAGGAUCAUGUAGCUUCCUGUCGCUGUCCUGAGAACCUCCCUCUGGGAAAUCCAUUCUCCUACUGUGAACGACGUCCUGUGGAAGAAGUGGACGAGCCAGAAUGCAGAAUCGAUCUCGACUGUUCGGAUAAACUGGUGUGCAUCCGGGAGAAAUGCAUCGAUCCUUGCCCCGUCAUCAAGCCGUGCCUGGAGAAUGCUCGUUGCGACGUUCUCGACACCGUGCCAGUGAGGACCAUGAUUUGUACAUGUCCGGAGGGAUGGAUCACCGACAUCGACGGAGUAUGCAGGCCGAUACAACUGACGGUGAUCGGAACGUGCACGACGAACGACGACUGCAGCGACCGCGACGCCUGCAUCAAUAGACAAUGCCGCAACCCGUGCAACUGCGGUGCGAACGCUGUCUGCUACGUGAGGAACCACAAACCGGUCUGCUCGUGCGAACAAGGCUACCAGGGCAAUCCCGAGAUCGCAUGCCACUCGGUCGAGUGCCGGCACGACAGCCAGUGCACGAUCGACAAAGCCUGCGAGAACAACAACUGCGUGAACCCAUGCCUGAUCGCGGACCUGUGCGGCACCAACGCCGAGUGCUUCCCGAACAACCACGUGGCCGACUGCCGUUGCCGCAAAGGCUACCAUGGCAAUCCCCUGGACCGUUGCCGUGUGAUCGGCUGCUACAGCAACGGUGACUGUCCGGGCGAUCACUCGUGCAUCAACAUGCAGUGUAUCGAUCCCUGCAUUCACGAUAACCCCUGCUCGGCUCGCGCCGAGUGCAGGGUCCUGAAUCACCUGCCGAUAUGCCGCUGCCCGCAGCACUUCACUGGCAAUCCCUACAUCAACUGCCGACCAGAGGAGAGACCGGAGUGCAGGGAAGACAGCGACUGUCCGGACUCGCUCGCCUGUCUUAGCAACAAGUGCCAAGACCCGUGCCCGGUCAUACAGCCGUGCACGGAGCCGUCCGAGUGCCGGGUCCUGCCGACGCAUCCGGUACGCACCAUGGUGUGCGUUUGCCCCAGCGGCUACGUCAGCAGUGGCAGCGGUACUUGCCGUGCCACCAAACCGAUCCUCAAGAUCGAGUGCACCAAAGACGACGACUGUGCGCCCGAACGAUCCUGUAUUAACGCCAUCUGCAGGGACCCUUGCGCCUGUGGACCCAAUGCUGUUUGCAACGUUAUCAAUCACAAGCCGAUAUGCUCGUGCACGCUGGGAUACGAUGGGAAUCCGGAUAUCAUCUGCACGAAAGUUGCAGGAUGCAGGACGGACAGUGAUUGUAGCGGGUCGCACGCGUGCGUCCAGCGCAAUUGCGUACCAGUAUGUUCGCCAUCCUUGGCUUCCUGCGGCAAGAACGCUGUAUGCCACGGUAUACAUCACAAAGCUAUCUGCGAAUGUCCACCUGGCUUCGGCGGCAAUCCAAGGGUCUCUUGCGUGCUGUUGGGAUGCAGAAGCAACUCGGACUGUCCGACGAACAAGGCGUGCAUCAAUAACCGCUGUGAGAACCCGUGUGCGAUAAACCCGUGCACCGAUAAUAUGGAGUGCAACGUUUACAAUCACGUCGUGGAAUGCGCGUGUCCACCUGGCUAUGUCGGCGACGUUAGAACCGGAUGUACCAAAGUUAAAGAGAAGUGCAAAGCAGACAACGAAUGUCCGUCUCAAACCGCGUGCUUCAACGGACAAUGCAUCAAUCCAUGCACGAAAAUCGAGCCUUGCGGUAUCAAUGCUGUGUGCAAGGUCUUGGAUACCAGCCCAGUUAGGACCAUGAUAUGUGAAUGUCUCCCAGGAUACCGUGGAAACGCGGUUGUCCGUUGUGAGAAAGCCAAUGUAUGUCCAGUUGAGAAAGGCCAGGUUCGCGACGAGUACGGAAACUGCGUCUGCCCACCAGGAUUUGGCAAGGACGAGAACGACGACUGCAUACCUUGUCGCAGACAAUCCAACAUGGUGAUAAACGAGGAGGGCUAUUGCGUGUGCGACCUGGAGAAGGGCUUCAGCAUCGACGAAUAUGGUCGUUGUGUGUGUCCGACGCAGCACGGGUAUAGAAUCGACGCCAGCGGAUAUUGCAGAACCGUCGGUGUGAUAGAAUGCAGACGUAAUGACGACUGUGCCGACGACAAAUACUGCGAGAAGACCACCAGGACCUGUCAAGAUCCCUGCAAGAAGCAAGUGUGCGGUGUGCACGCUCUCUGUAACGCCACCAGACAUCAAGCUGCAUGCGUUUGUGUCAACGGCUACUUAGGCAAUCCGUACACGCAAUGCUACGACAGAAAGGACGGCCGAACGGAUUUCCCAAAACCGGAGAUGGACGUGAGCUGUUUGUCGGACGGAGUGCAAGUCGUGAUACACUUGCAUCAGGAGUUCGACGGAGUUUUGUACGUGAAAGGACGCAGCAAAGACGAGCAAUGUAGACGGGUUGUCUCGAUACCAGCUGAAACAGAGCACAAGACGGAAACCUUCAAGGUCGCGUUCGGCAAUUGCGGACUGAUACACGUGAAUGGACAAGCCAGCUUCGUGCUGGUCAUACAAAAGCACCCGAAAUUAAUGACGUACAAGGCACAGGCUUAUCACAUUAAAUGUAUAUAUCAGACUGGAGAGCAGAAUGUUACUCUUGGCUUUAAUGUCUCCAUGUUGACGACAGCCGGAACGAUCGCUAACACCGGUCCACCGCCCAUAUGUUUGAUGAAAAUCGUUGCACAGAACGGAAAUGAGAUUAAUUCAGCUGAAAUUGGAGACAAUUUGAUGCUUCAAGUGGAAGUUCAACCUUCAUCUAUUUACGGUGGAUUCGCGCGACAUUGCGUCGCUAAAACGAUGGAAGAUAAUCUAGAGAAUGAGUACAUCGUGACAGACGAGGAUGGUUGUGCAACAGAACCUACAAUAUUUGGCGAGUGGGAGCAAAAUCCUGAAACUCAAUCGUUAAUGGCUAGUUUCAACGCGUUCAAGUUCCCUAGCAGCGACAAUAUAAGAUUCCAAUGCAAUAUCCGUGUGUGCUUCGGUCGCUGUCAACCUGUUAACUGUCGAGGCUAUAACGCCUUUGGCCGUCGUCGCAGGGACGUUGAUUCCGAAGUCAACGACACGUCUCUAAGCAUAUCUGAUGGGUUCGAGGGUCAACUUCGUGAAGAAAUAACGAUUCAAUCGAACUUAAUAUUCACUCUGGAAAGGAGAGAGGAGAGGUAUACAGCAGAUCCAGCUGAAGCUCCUUCAGCACAAAGAGUGGAAGAUAUCUGUGUUUCUAUGGUCGGCUUUAUCAUAGCAUUGAUAAUUACGGCUCUCUUGGCACUGGUUGCCGUAGCUAUCGCUGUGUCAUGCUGGCUUAUGGCGUAUCGACGUCAGCCAAAGACUGCUGGACCACUGCCACACCCACCAGAGUUCCCAAACCCCUUGUUCACUACUGAAUCCGUAGCUGAACCUUCUCCUGACUAUCACCUAUCAUAAGUCCCUUAGAAUAUAUAAAUAAUAUUUUAUAAAUAACAUAAAUUUUAUAAUAUUUCUGUGGAAUGCAUCUCAGACCAUGAUUCCUAUUGGUCGGUUUUGUAUUUCUGUACGCAACUCCUCCAGUGACUGUCACUUUGUCACUUUGUACUCUCUUUUUCAAAGGUUCAAACAAUAUGUCACUGUCAUACCAUGUGUACUACGACGCUACAUACAUACUAUUUAUGGUGAUGGUUUGCUUCCAUUAUCUACUUGCAAGCAAAAAAUUUGGGACUGUCUUUUCCUUUUAUACGUCUUUCUUGUAUUAUUUUCUCUAGUCAGUGGAGGAUUUGUUAUGAAUGUAAUGCUGCGAAUUUAAUUCCUGUGUAAAGUCAACGAAUUAGUCUAAUAUAGCUUUCUUAUUGCGAACAUAGGUAAUUGUACAUUUUAUCUAAUAAAAUGCUAACGAAAUAUUUUUUAAAAAA